AAAGCUUUCCGAUUCGUCUGGAGCUGUUUGACGCACAGACAGACCCACAGACUUCAGUUCAUGGCGUCUCCGUUAUUUUCAACCAAGAGCAAACAGCUGAUCAAGAAAACGACUGACGGUCUGUUACGAUAAUGUCCCCGGAAAUAGACGAAUGUGACCGACACCUCCCGAGGAUGGAUUUGAACGAAGUGAGGAUGAUGUCUCAUAUUUCAGAGAGGAGCUACGGCAAAUGAGAGUGAGCGGACGGAGACCAGGAUCGAACUAGGGAGGAGACCAGGAUCUGAAUUAAAGAACUUUCCUGCAUCCGAGAGAGGGAUUUAUCACACAGCCAUCAGACUGCUUAAACGGACUACUUUCAUACUCAUCGUGGGGAUAACACAAAACCACUGUUAAAUCGGAGGUAUUUUAAGACCCUCAUCCUGACCGUCUGAUCUUGGGACCUCGUCCUUCACACCUUUAACAUAUAUAUUUUUGUAUAUGCAGACAUCUAGAAGGCCAAACGAAAUGGUGAGUACCGAGAAGUUUGGACUACUUUGCUAUAAGGCAGUGUGAAAUAUUGAUUUGCGUUAUUUUUGCGUCCUGCAAAACUUGGACAUAUAGCUACAUGUCCUAAUGCUAGUUUUUAUAUUCAGUUCUUCACAACUCAUUCCACACUGACGGAUGUCACCUGUAGUGUAUUAUUGUAUGAAUAACUUUGUCUUGCUGCCAAGUAUCUCUUACUCCCUAUAACCCACCGAAACUUCUACAUUCCUCCACAUACUCCUGAAAGACGGCGUGGGUUUUGUUUACAGGUUCUUUUGGCUCUCAGGUGGGCUAUAUGUUAGACUGGUCCCCGGUGGACUCGCCUCCUGUUGCCCUUAGAGUCAGCAUCAUAAAUCAUAGAAGUAAAACUGGGCUGAUAUCAGGAGAGAGUGUCACUGUCAAAACCUCCGCAAAGCACUGCUCAGUAUUUCUCCAUAGAAAUUACAAAGUGCGAAACAACUUGGUUUUCACAGUCUCAGUAUUGAGUUAAGCCUUCUGUACUUUAUAAGCAAUUCUGAGUUCUCUCACUAUUUGUAUUUUAUUCUAUAGAUGUCAUGGACAGUGGAGUCUGACUUUAUUACCAAACUAACUCACUAUUUCUCUGCUGGCUGUGGAACUACAUAACUGUGCAGCUUUCUCAUCAUCCCGCUGCCUGUCUUUCUCCUGUUGUUGUCUGUUUGUCAGCCUGUGUGACUGAAGUGAGUACAGUAUGUGUGCCCUGAGAAAUCCACUGAAAUACAAAUUCAUCAUACUUCAACACUUCUAAAAUAAGAUCAUUUCACUAUAAUUGAACAGGAAAAAUAUCUGAAAUGUAUCCAUAGAAUAAAUGAGGAUGUUGGUAAAUCCUCUGAUUUGUUGUUAUCAAGUUAAUGCAGUUGGUCCUUCACUGCUGUUAUACUGAAGGUAGAAGCAGAAGACUAUCCCACAGAGUCUGGACAAGGCUCAAGUAAAGCUUACAAACCUUCUCUGGGGGAAGAACACACCUUACGUCAUAUUUCAGCACAGACAGUGACUAGCUCUUCAGCUGUAGCAAAUAUAAAAGUAUGGCAACAGGUGUGACCCAGUGUUUUUCAGAUUUAGACGAACUACAGUUACCUGGUCUUUCACAUUCACCACUUCACACAUUUAUUUACUCACUGUUCACAGUGGCAAAGUGUAACCAGCAAACCACAGUCCUACACAAACAUAUGCUGAUGCCACCUGAGGGGUCAGUGUCUCACUAAAUGAGACAAAACAAGAAAUCAGCAGGAGACUAACAGAAAAAAAAGUUUUAGUAGGUGUUUCUAUUUCUACUCCUGCUGAGGACUUACUGCUUUUAUUUGUUGUAGUAUUUUUCUUGUACUUGUUGGCUGGGUGAAGAGAGACCACCUGACAUCAUCAUGAGCAGUAAAUGAAAAUGUCAUAUUGGUAACUGGUGGCCAGAAAGGUAGAGAAGCUGGGUUGUCACAGGUUUGAUCUACUCACAAGAAUAAUGUUGUUUUCAUUGUAGAGGAAGUCAGUGAACAAAGUCCUUCUACUGUUUUCAUUUCUUAAGCUUCCUGUCUCAGGUGUAAGUGUGCACACCUGAGAAAACAGCUUGCUCAUCAUGCCAUUCCCUCAAUAAAUCUGACGGUGUAUAAUAUUUUAACUGUAAGCUGAAAUUCAGACACUUGGACUUCUGUUCUUUUUUGAGUUUUUAAGACCUGAGAGCAGAGUUGUGAUGGCUGAACAAUGUUGAUAUUUACUGUCAUUUUAAAGACUCAACAUAUGAAGUUGAAAUUAGGUGUACUGUAAGGUUCAGAGCAGGACUGAUGUGUGAUUUCUGGAAGGUCCCAUACCACCUUGUCAGUAAAUUCUCUGUAAUGCUUUGCUUCAUUUAACUCAAACUGCUGGAUUUUAUGGCUGAACAGAUCUCACUGUUGGAACUGUGACCUAGACAUGUCCCAAGAUGCUUUCAGAUGAUAAAUGAACUCCUCACCAUUAACCCAAGGUGGUCAUUUCAUUAUGGCUGAUAUAUUUCUCAUCAACAGAAAUAAACCUGCUGACUACAAGGUGAAGAUAGUAACAGAAAUUCUGAUGCAUGUUGAGUAAAAAAACUGAAGAUGUUGCUUUGUGGCCGUUAAGUCUAUGGAGUAUGAAACUCCACUUUUAAGUUGUCCUGGUGCUUUUAGAACUUAUUUAUAACUGAUGACAGACUAUUCAGUAGUUGUUGAAAUGUAUGUGUUGGACAGGUUGUAUAAUAUUUGAUGAACCUUGUGUUUUUUUCCCUGGUUUCUAUUCUUCCAAAAACCCCUAACUUAUUUGUGUUUAAUUGGGUCUUGGUCCUUGGUCUGAGCUGAAUCAGGGCUGAUAUCCAACCACAGAGCAGACCUGCUGCUGUAGCUUAGACUCCCUCUCUGCAGGAAAACAAAUGCUGACAUGCAAACAUGGACACCAGCAGCUCUCAGAGAUCCAUGCUCAAUAAAACAAAACAGAGAGACUGAUUUCUAUUAAUGGAGUAUGGCUGAGAUUAUUCCUGAUUCCCUUCCAAUGACAGUGCAGCAUAAACACCACUUUUUUUUUGAGUGAAAGCGAUUUAAAACACAUGUGAUAGAAGUUGGUACUUGGUUGUCCUGUUCUGUGAUUACUAAUGGUUUGUAUAGCAGUGUAGUGAUGCUGUUUUUGCCUUUAUGAGACAGGACAGCUAAGGAGAGACAGGACAUGUGGGGGGCAGAGAGCAGGGGAGGACGUGCAGCUAAUGGUUAAGGCCGGCGUUGUGACAGGGGCUGUGUCCUAUGUACAACUUUUGAUAUUUCAGGGAGGAGAACAUUUUUCAGUAUCACUUGAGCUGCUGCUCCACAACCCUCAUGGUCACUGCUCUCUUAUGCAGAGCCAACUCCUCUCAGUCAUGCUCUUGUCCCCAGUUUCCUUUACUGGGAGGUUUUAUGCUUAUUUUGUCACAUGACAGCUCCCUUGGCGGAUAUGAAUCAUGCCCAUAUGUCCAGUACAUUAUGUGCCCUUCUGGUCAGCAGUGAGCUGAAUAAGAAGGAGAUUGGCGAGGUGCUGGCCAUGUAUCUUUGGGAGCGUGAUGUCCCUGAUGGCAGGAGGUUUGGCCUCUGGCUCGAAAGCAGCCUGUACCAGGCUCCGAGGGGAUGUAACCCACAGAGCCUGGCAGAACUGCGAGCCCAAGCAAUCUGCUACCCCCCUGGAUAGUGUAGGCAUUGGUGAGAUGCACUGCCUCGUAUGUCACAUAUCAGGGGAAUUUCAUGCCAAGAAAAAUAAAGAUGAGCAGCCCUGUUUGUUGUAUUAAGCUGACUCUAAAUGACUAAAUCAGCUUUUUUUAAUGUAAUCUUUUUGGAAAACUUCCAAAAGAGUCUCAUUGCACAUAAUGGAUUUUAGGCCUGUCUUUUUUCAGUUUCACUUUUCAACUCAUCUCUCUGAUGUAUUUUUGAACUGCCAAUUGAACUAUGUAGAGAGACUGAAAUGCCAUGAUGCUAAACAAUGUUGAAAACCAGAAUAGAAAUGGACGCUAAAAAAUUUAAAUAUCAUGCAGAAAAGCUUUGUUAGAAUUUCACGUUGUAACCAGUCACCUGGUUAAAAGUAGGUGGCCUCAAGGUCUCAUGAUUUGGCUCAUAAGUUCCCACCUGUCAUUUGUUUAAAGGGAACGUAACACAGCUGAGUUGGAGCUGCUGAUCAUACGCUGCUGAUGUGGGGCGGGGCGGUGAAUGACCACAAAACUGUAGCCACAAAAUCAUGAGUGUCCAUAGGACGCUAAACAGAGUGACUAUAUGUGAAUAUCGUGCAACGGUAAGAUUGUUAUUUUGAUUUCGUCAGGUGUACGAUUAUUUUCCAAAAAAUACAAUAAUUUUGAGUCUCUGGUACGAUAAUUCUAUAUUUCCCAUCUGGCAACACUGCUCUGGCCCAGAAAUAUCAGUGUUAUUCAAUGGGUAAAUCAAAUGUGGUGUCGGGUAUAAACAGGUUGAACCUUCUAAUGAUUUAGAUCCUGGUCUGGGCUGUAUCUAGAGAACAGAGUCAAGGGUUAGUAAAAUCAAAAUAAAACAAACAGGAAACACAAGACAUUGAAUGAAAUGAACCAAAAUCAAGAUGAACUGAAUUGAUCAUGGCACAUACCUGGGUUUAUAAUCAUGUAGAAGAACUUAUACCAAGGUUUAUAGAUUAUUACAAGUGCUCUUAGGUCCUCACCCCUGCAGUUUGCUCAGGACCCCUCUGUUCUGACAGUAUGCUCAGCUGUUUUUCAGCAGUUUGAGCCUGUUUCUCUCUCUACACUUACCAAAAUAGUGUUACACUUACAUCCUGCUAACUUUCCAUCUGAUAGCAUUCCUUCCAGUUUGCUUAAGAGGUUUUCAACUCAGUUCAGUCUUCUAUUUUGCCUCUUAUAAAUCGGUGUCUCAGCUCUGGAUGUGUGCCUUCCUCCUUCAAACAUGCCACGGUGCAGCCUCUCUUGAAAAAGAAAAGUUUAGAUCCCUUGGUUUUCUCUAAUUUAAUACCAGUUUCCAAACUCUCUUUUAUUUCCAAGGUUUUAGAGAAAGUCAUUUUUAACCAACUCCAAGGAUUUUUAGAAAGGGCAAAUGUUUGUGAACUGUUUCAGUCUGGUUUUAAGUCUCUUCACAGCACUGAAACUGCUCUUUUAAAAGUUUUUAAUGAUCUUUCGUUGAACCUUGAUUCUGGUGACUGUGCCUUUUUAAUUCUCCUUGAACUGACAGCGGCGUUUGACACACGGUGGAUCACUCAAUUCUCCUAUCAUGCCUUGAACACUUUGUAGGCAUCAAAGGCACUGCUUUGAGCUGGUUCAGCUCGUACUUCUGAGAGAUCAUUCUCUGCGCACAUGGGCCAGUUUUCCUCCUCAGUGGCUCCUCUGACGUGUGGGGUCCCCGAGGGGUCAAUUCUGGGCCCCCUACUGUUCUCCCUUUAUAUGCUACCCUUGGGGUUGAUUUUAAGGAAGCAUGGUCUUCCUUUUUACUGCUUUGCUAAUGAUGUGCAUUUGUAUUUGACUGUAAAGGUCCCUACCAAAGACUCUUCAGGCUGUGCUUAACUGCAUGAAUGAUGUCAAGACAUGGAUGGAUCUUAACUUCCUAAAAUUAAAUGAAAACCCUAAAAAAAACAGAGGUUGACCUGUUUGGUCGCCCUGACCUGGUUCAGGUCCUUGCUAGCUCCCUUGGCUCACUGGCACCUUGUGUAGGAUCCCACGCCAGGAAUCUUGGUGUUAUUAUUGAUGGUGCUUUCAAACUAGACAAACAGGUCAGCUCAGUGGUCAAGUCUACCACUGAGCUUCUAGCCAUGGUACAAUCAUAUCUGAGCCAGAAAGACCUUGAGAAAGUCAUCCAUGCUUUUAAUACAUUUAGUUAGAUUAUUGUGACUCCCUGUAUGUCAGCAUUGAAAAGUCAGAGCUCAACCACUUGCAGCUCAAUCAAAAUGCUGCACCUCGUCUCCUAACUAGGACUAAGAACGAGAGCACAUAACUCUGGUUCUUUCUUCACUUCACUGGUUCACUGUUAGGUACAGGAUACAGGAUUGGUUUUAAAAUUCUUUUAUUUGUUUUUAGGUCUUUGAAUGGGCUGGCCCUUAAAUACCUGUCUGACCGUAUUAAAUUGCAUCAGCGCUUCAGAGCCCUUAGGACAGCUAAUCAGGUGGUUAGAGAACUUCCUCUGUCCUUUUUAAAUUAUGGAGGAGAUCGAGCUUUCGCAGUUGUGGCUCGCACUCUGUGGAGCACAUUACCCCUAACUGUGAAUAGCCUCUCUACUUUUAAAACAAUGUUUAAAAUGCAGUUUUUCCUUUUGGCCUUUGGUGUAGCAUAAUUACAUUUAUUGGGUCUUUUGUUAUCUACAUUGUUGUUUUUUGUUUUUAUAUGUUGUAUGCUUUUAUCGUUUUUAUUCUUUCUGCAUAUCUUAACUGGAAAGCACUUUGGUAGUCCACUGGCUGUUUUCAAUGUGCUAUGUAAAUAAAGCUGACUUGGACAUUGACAUUGACAAGUGUGGACAUAAUGCAUUCUAAAUUAAGCACUCAUAAUGUUUUUUACCUGCAUACUUAAGUGACAACAGUGUUGAAGAAUCUGAAGUCCAGGGCUCCCAUAGCACGUUAUAACCAGGCAUAAAAUUCUGAGUUAAUUAUUAUUUGCAAAGAAAAAAAUUUGAGUGUGAACAUUAAAUAUCUUGUCUUUGUAGUGUACUCAAUUGAAUAUAGGUUGAAAAGGAUUUGCAAAUCAUUGUAUUCUGUUUUUAUUUACAUUUAAGUUGUCCAUAGUCUGUGGUUCAGGGGUGUAUUAUUUUUGGAGCAACGAUAAGCUGAAAAAGUAAUAUUAUUUUGUAACUUGUCAGGUUUUCUGUCAAUCGCUUUAUAUGCAUAUUUGCUGCUGAUUGAUUUAAAUCACUCAUGAACCAUAUGGGCUCUAUAACCUAUGACCCGUGGGCUGACCUAUCAGAAUGUGCAUUGCUGUUGGGGUGUGUCCCUCUAUCAUCCCUCUGUGAUUGAUUGACAGUUGCAAAACAUCAGGGAAAAAGAAGUUUGAGAGUGGUACUCUCAAACGGAAAAUGAUCCGCGAUAAAGGAAAAGUAGUUUAUUAAGACCCAACCAAAGCUGACAGGAUUGGAUGGUGUUGGCAACAGGAGAGGAACAGGGGGCUGGCUGGAGUUUUGCAGACAGAGGGAGUAGAGGAGGAAGAGAGGGGACACACAAUCAUCAAGCAGGUGAGGACAAGGCAGCAAAGCAGGCAGAGGGAGACAAGUCGGAUGACUCCUAUAGCAGUGACCCAGGCCGUUGGGGAAAUGGCAUAAACGAAGGAGUGCGUGCUUACUGGGCCAAGAUGGGACUGGGCUCCUGUCAAAAUAAAGACGCCUCAGAGCGCCAGUAUAAGCAACAGAGAAGAUUUUUAGACACAAACUCAAUAAUGGGGAUUGUGUGUCUAGAGAAUGGCUAUGCUAUUCUCCAUUGUCAGGUAUAGUGUUUUGUUUUGUUUUGUUUUGUUUUGUUUUGUUUUGUGUGUAAACUUGUGAAUGGGGGUUACUCUGACUGGAAACAUGCCAGUGACCGUAUUGGCGAACAUGGGAGCUGUAUCGUUCACAGAAGAGCUAUGAUUGUCUACAUCACUCAAGCAGCUGACUGUGGGUCAGUGGAUUCAGACCUUAAGAGACAGUUUAAUGAGGAGUGUGAAUACUGGACACAGGUUUUACAGAGGGUGAUCACUGAUGUAAAGUAUUAGUAUAGUGGACUUCACACCAGAUAUUACACAUGUGGACCAGCUGACUUUUAUCCUUCCUAUUUUUUAGUUUGCACACGCAAUUUAGCACUCCUUAUUUGGGAUCCUAGUAGAUCAGGCCCACCAUGUGCAUUGGGUAGCAAAGUACCAUUCGCCUUCAUUUCACUUAUGCGCUCUUUAUUCUUAGCUGGUGCUAAGAUUGCUCAGACAAUGCUCAGACCCGUCAGUGCCCCAGGGGGCGCUAGUCUUCUUUUGGGCUUUCCAGUUGUAACAAACAUUGUAGAACAAUCCAAGAUGGUGGAUAUCAAAAUUCAAGUGUGAAAAUUCAUAUAAAUAUUCAAUAGUAAUAUUAGUUAUGUUCACUGCACACACCAGCAGAUAUGACUUAUUUUCCUCAAGACUUGCCGUAGAGUUUACAAACUAAUCACGUAGUUCUAAAUAUAAGCCAGAAUUUUCUCCUAUGAAGUAUAUCAGAAAACUACAGUUGUAAUCUAGUCAGUGUCUUGACGUGCCAGUAUAUGUUGAUUAUUUACAGUACCUUCACCAAAAUGCGUCAUGUCACCAAAGAGAACAGCAGUAUCUGAAUGCUGCCCAGCUUACAACUGAGCAUUAAAACAGUCCUCUGUUUUUUUUCAAAGAAUAAAAGAAAAAUUGUGGGAAAAAACCUCUAAAACAGAGAAGACUAACGAUCAGCUGGAGGACAAUCUGUUGAUGCAGCACACACCAAGCAAAACAAAAUAUUGAUUAACUUAACAGUUCUACCUCAAAGGCAAAAGGGACCCUGGGGAAAAAAACACAUCUGUCAAUUUCUUAGCCCUUUCUGAUGAUAUAACAUGGGGCAAUAUUACUGUGUCAUCUGACACAGUUUCUGUCUGAGCUCCUCAGUGUCAACAAGUGAAUAUAGCUGCCUGUAAGUGUCUGGACCUUUAUAUGAAAAGCAGAAAUCAUGGUAUCAUGGUCUAUAUGAAGCUUUUCUAUGAUCAGUUUUUGAAGCCCAUCCACAGAUUCCAGGCAUGAGGUAUGGACAUGAAGUAGAAAAUUACCCUCUAAAAGAAGAGAAAACAAAUAUUGAUAUUCAGUUUGAUACAAAAUUAGCUGUGCGAAACAGUCAGGCAAUUUCAAGCUUCAAGUUCAGCUAAAAAGAAAUUAUGUGUUUUUAACCUAAAUGAAUUCUGUUAAGAAAACCACAGGCACCUGUAAGUUGAGGCUUGUAUUUCACAUCUGGCUUAUUGACAUGUUUCCAUUGUGGCCAUGUAACUCCACACUGCUGCUCUGUGUGGUGGUAUGUUGAUUUUAGUCAGUCAGACAGUUCUCUGAUGUAUCCGUCUGUGCUGUAUGGUGACAGACUCUCUGUGUCUUUCAGCUCUGAUGGCUCGUGGACAGUGAUGCUGUCUGUGGCUUAAAUGAGCUCCAGUGCUCUUUGUACCAGCUCCCAGAGUUCCUGCAGAGAGGAAUCAGAAUUAUUUACAGAAAGUGUUUGUUCAACCCUGUUGAAAUUUGGAAGUCUUCCAGCCUGGCCUGCGGAAACAGUCAUCCAUUUGCAUCACCUGUGCCGUCAAUGGAGACCUUUGCUCUGUUGUACAUGUUUUGGCUAUCUGUUUGGUGUUAAGAUGGAGCUUACAUUGGAGGCAUUUGUGUGGGCUUUGAAAAAAUGAUGGUGGAGUGAUUUGUACAGUGACCUUGAAGCCUUUGGUCAAGCAGUGUUCUCAUUUCGUGCAUCCCAGACCUGGAGCCAAAUACCAAGCUCAAAACGUGAGCUCCAAGCCCUGACUUCCUUUUCCAAACACCUUAAAGCAUGGCUGUUGGAAAAACAGAUCUGUGACCAUAACUGUGUCUUGUUUUGUAUGUUUGUCUAAUGGGCUCAGUGUGUGGGGGCAAUGUAAAAUCAACAUACACUUUAUAUCUGUUGUGAAUUUCCCAGUUUGGGAUCAAUAAAGUAUAUCUAUCGAUCUAUCUAUCUAUUUCUGUGCAGUAAUUCAGCAAUGUGCAAUACCAGGAGAACCUGAGCUCCCAGGUAGCUAGCACUCUGCACUUUAGCAUAGUAUUAUGGCACUUUAAUUAGCAGUCCAGCACUUUAUAAUUCACUGUGUACAAUUACCAUGGUCCCACAGCUACUGGCUCGUUUUAUUUUGGACUGUAUGUCGCUUAGGUUGUCUACAGUUUAUAUAUGCUGCUUGUCUUUCAAUAAGAUCUGUGUGUUUUAUUACAAUUACUGCCAAUGGCUUCCUCCUGGAGAUGAAACUGAGUCAGUUCAGCACCAUAGAUACUGACUCAGUAUCUGUGAUGCUGAACUGCUUUGAAUUUAUGUUGUAUUAUUAUUGGAGGCCAGGUUGUCUAAUGUAUUUGCUGUUCUCUUGGUUUGUUAGACUUCAUGUCCAUUUGAUUGAUUUCAUGAUGACGUAACCAUGUAUAAAAAAGGCAGUAAUGCUUGUAACCCCCUCUGUUGUGGGCAUAUGUAUAUUUUUAUAGUGAUAUUCCAGCGUAAAAUUAAGCUAGGGUCAAACACACCGUAACACUGAGUUAGACACCCCGUGGAGAGAUGAAUGUUUCUGACUGCUUGCUUCUCUUGGGUCCCAGCCAUAGUACUAGCCACCAAAUAUCUUUUUAGCUUUGCCUGAUUUCUUUAGCAAAGAGACUAAACACAACUCACCUACUCUCUUCCAGCAGUUGCUCGUUUGUACGGAGACCUCGACCAAGUCCAUCACCUGCAGCAGGGUGACGCAAUUCAAGGAAGAACAUUUAUGAUCAUUUCUUCAUGGAAAUACAAUCAGACCGAGAUGCUAAGGCAGAAGUGCUACCACGUCUGCAGUGCAAAAUGAUUAAUAUGAUGAUUAUUACCUCAAGGAAAUGAUAAAGAAAUUAUCAUAAAUGUUCUUCUUAAGCUGCAGACCCCCGGUGCAGUUGAUGGACUGGCCCAUGGUCUCCCUACAAACCAGCGGCUGCUGGUAGAGAGUGGGUGAGUUGUGUUUAGUCUCUUUGCUAAAGAGAUCAGGCAAAGCUAAAAAGAUGUUUGAUGGCUAAUACUGUGGCUGGGACCCUAUAUGUACUGUUGAUGAGGUUAAAUGCUGUUCUGAGCAUUAUUUGUGGCUAUAGAGUGGCGUUUUGGUUGAGCGUGUGGCUCUCUGUAUUGCUAUUGUAUGGUCGUAAUUAAAGUUGGUAUAACUAGAGAAGCAAGCGGUCAGCAACAUUCAUUUCUCCACGGGGUGUCUAACUCGGUGUUACAGUGUGUUUGACCUUAACUUAAUUUUAAUAUUCCUUUAAGUGAUAUUAUCAAGAGCCUUAUUGGGUUCAAAGGCCCCGGUUAUGUGCCCCGCCCCCAGCCUGCCUUGAAUCUGUCUCUAAUCUAGUGGCCAAAGUGACAGAGCAGUAGCUUGGUGAGGCUUCAGUUAAACAGAUUGUGUUCAAUUAAACUGUGUUCAGUUAAAGUCCCAUUCUGAUCAUUUUAAUUUACUACUUAAAGUGUCCUCAGUGGUCUUAAAAUUGUGAUUAUGAAGUUUUUACCAAAAAUCACGUUAUUUGUGUCAUUUUCAAGGAUUUUUCUUCUGCAGAGCUCCAGUUGCAAUUAGCAAUUAGCAAUUUGCCUCUCGGUUGUGGGUGGAGACAGCGCUGCUCUGCACACUCCUCUUCACGCUAGCUUGUAGCAUAACAUUGCCAGUGGAGUAAGAGUAGUAGGUAACAUAGGAGCUAUUCAGCUCUGGGACACUAAUGUCUUUGGGAACAUGAUGAGAACUGACAUAAUCAGAUUUCUUACAAGCAUUGCAAUCUGCUAAAGCUCACGCUUGUUCUGUGAUCGUCCUCUCUACUUCUUCAAGUCUGGCCUGCCGAGUGGGUUGCCGGGGGCAGAGCUUGAAAUUGUGACAUGCAGAAAUACUCAAAAAUGCAAUUUUGCUCUCUGUUGUCUUAUAAUAUGUCCUGUAGCAUCAUAAAAAUGCCAUAUGAACAUGUAGACAACAAGAAAAACAUGAUUUUCAUCAGAAUGGGUCUUUAAUCGGGUAAAGCUGUGUUCAGUUAAAAUGUUUAAAACAAAUUUAUCAUAUAAUUGGAAGUUUAGGUCUAGUGCCAGGUUUAAUGCACUCAAAUCCCUUUUUAUUCUCAAAGAGUGAUAAAAAAACUUAUUUAAAAUUUGAAUUGUGUUUUGCAACCAAAGUAUCUGUGGAUAUAAUCUGUUUCAAUGAGGCCUGUACUGGGCAUGUAUGUCUGGUACAUUUAUUUUAGUAAGUGCUCAGUAUCAGUAGAAACAAAAACCUGUGUUCAGGAGGAUGAAAAACAACAGCCUGAUGUUUUUUUUUUAAACUGAUAAGCUUGUAUAACUGUAUAAGUAAGUAUCAUCUAGUUUUCUUCGCCCCAACGGCAAUUUAUUUUUUUAGAAAUAUCUUUCAAAUGUCACCCAAGAUCUCCACAAUUGUAUUACAGAAGCAUAUGUAAUUUUUUAUAGCAUAUGUUAGCAUAACAUAUAGCAUAUGUUAUUUAUACAUUAGAAACAUACAGAUGCAGGCUCUCUACAUCUUACAGCCAUGAACCUGACUGAACUGAAGUUUUUACAGUGUCUGUCUCUUUCUAGGUGUCUCUCAGUGAUGAUGUGAGGCUGUAGACAAUGUGAAGAGGUGUAGGAGCUCGGAGGAGAGUGUGCCUGCGGUCAGACCAUGGAUCUGGGAUUCAGAUGGUUGUCUCCUCUCACUAUGGAAGCUUUUUGUUUCCUGUUUCUGGCCAAACUGGUGCUGCCUUCUCACACAGAAAGUAAGUGAUAUCCUACACACUUACAUAUAUACUGCAUAUCCAUUACACAAAACUCCUCCCAUAUUUUAAGGGGAUUAUUUAAAAGGUCAAAUAUACCUGGAUUGGAGCACAUGGGGCAGAGUGAAUAAGGGUAGGUCUGACCGCAUGUUGUUGGUUAAACGGUGCUUGUUCUGGGCACUCAGGCUGUGUCUCAUUUCAGGGAACGCACCGUCGAAUGGCGCAUUUGAAGCGUGCAUGAGGUCAUCACACUGCGCAAACGGUGUCCCAUUUGGCAUGAAAUGAUAAGUGCACUUCAAAUUCGGUCUCAAAACCACACUACCCCCGCCCCUUUUUCAAGCGUGCAUUUAUGCACAUUUUCGUGCCGUUGGUAUCCCAGAAUUCUUUCCGUGCCGCUGCACAGCUGCGCAUUUUGGGUGAGAGGCUGGACUCACUUAGAGACGCAGCGCGUCUUUAAAGAAAAUAAAAGAAAUCCAAAAACAGCAGACAGUCAGCUCAGGCUGCAUGAGCGCAUGCUGUCCUAACUCACUAAAAUCUGCAGGUGCAAACCAAACAUCAUAGUCUUUAGAAAAGAACUGAUCAGCUCUGCUACAACGAUCAAACACAUCAGAAAUAAGAAAGCUGAUAUAACUACUGCAGAGUAUCAGGACAACAUUGAGUUUUUUUUUUUUUUUUUUUUUUUUUUUUUAAGUUUUAGAGAUAAAAGUUGUAAACUUGGGAGAAUAAAGUCAUGGGGCUCUAUUUUCGUGCCUUGCUGGCGACGCGGUGCAUGCGCGGCAUAAGUCAGGUCCGCCGCGCCGACAAGGUGUUCCCAAGCACAAUUUGGUAUUUUGGUGAGCCGCGCAGCCUGGCGUAAGUAUCCCCCCUCCCUAACUCAGCUCCUCCCAGCGGCGUAAGUCGUAGAGAGGGAGGAGAGAGGGCAGGGAGUGGGUUUAACACAGCCGAGACCUGUUUUGACCAGUAACAUCAGCUCCUCUCCUCACCUUUAAAUCCGCCACCAGGGAGGCGUACUACUAUUUUCGUGAAGUAGUCAAAGAGAUCAAGAAAUGUCUGAAGACAGUAAUGCCACACGAUGGCUACAGAAGGCAGUUCCUCAACAGGUGUCACUGUAAACGCUGCAGAGGGCAUCCUCCACACUGUCUCAUAUGAGCACAGAUGGAUUUGGUGUGUGUAAGUUUGGACCCAUUAGUAAGACAAACACCCUUUCCAAAAAUAAACACACUCACAUAAAGUAGCACGUAUUCAAACCUCACGUGACAAAGGUGGGUUGUGCGCACAGAUCACAACAUAAAUUCCAAUAAUGGCAUUAAAAUCGGAACCAUUUGUGCGUAAAUGACGCAUCGCGCUUCGUGGCUCGGCUCUUUCUUUCAUAGAUGUUGGCAUAUAAAAUAAAUUUGGCUCACAAAACUGAAUAUUAUAAUAUUCGUAUGUAGGCUUAAAGUAAAUAACUCAACUGAUCACUGAAACAAAUCAUCUGUUCAGCCGCAGCAGGACGGGGAGAGGACACGGAGACAUGUCCAGGUUGAGCUGUGCGAGAAAUAAGAGGAAGAGGAAGAAAGAAAAGGAGGGAGACAAAUUAAAUAUCUUGUUAACUUCAUCAUGUGUGUUUAUUUACUAGAUAUUUAAUUUAAUUCAGUGCGGUUUCGGCUGUGUUGAUUCGGUCAGGUUGAAUGUCCAAACGCGUGCCAAACGCGCUCAUCAGAUCAGAUGUAGAUCAGAAUAUAUCUAUAUAGAUCUAAAUGUAUGUGCUGACUCAGAUUAUUAGUUGUUGAUGAUUAUUUAUUGCACUGAAAUGUGCCUGACACUGUGGAAACCUGCCUGUGAGGCAUUGGUGACGUGUGCCGAUACGCCGCCGGUGUACUAAAAUACCACUAGAUCAGCUGCGCUCCACCUACACUGAAAGCUGACCAGGUUUGAAUCGGCGAGCUUUCAGCGCACUUUACACGCCACUGGCGAGCACGAAAAUGUCACUGUGCCCGCUGAUUCUGUCGACACCUCCCCCUGCCACGCCACCACGCCCAGCUUGGUGGAUCUCUGUGCGCCUCAGUCCACAAAAAUACCAAACUGGCUGUACGCCGGGCUCCGCCAGACGAAAAUACAACUGCACGGGGUCCGCCACCCUCUGCCGCCUCACCGGUGUACACAAAAAUAGAGCCCUAAGUGGGAAAAAUGUUUUUACGUGUUACAAACUUGGCUCACACAUGGCGCACAUUCAGCACACAGUCAGUAGUUAUACAGUAAGCUAUGGAGGUGUGGAAGUCGUCCAAUUGUUGGGUUUAGUGCAAAGAAACACCUGCUGGCUGAGAAAUGCAUGCAUGUCACAGAAACAGCUUUGCUGAGUAUUUUACUGGAAAAAUACACAGAAAAAGCACAUUUGCAGACUAGUUUAAUUUAAUGAUGCUACCACCAUAUGUUCAGGAGCAUCUAAGACUACUUUAUUAUCCAGCUUUAUCCACACUGAGGAAAACAACAGGGGCAAAAAUACAGUACUGGCUCAGAAAUAGUAACUUAACGGGUCAACAAAGUGCCUUUUUAAAGUCAAACAAUGUUGACCAUAUUGCCAUGUGGACUGUGUUUACACAAUAUUUACAAUUUCAUGACAUGAUAGAUCUAUGUGCUGAUUGGUUAUCAAGGUGGAAAUAUUUGCUCUGGUUCAGAUUUUUCAACUCUGCUCAAUAAGUGUUUGAAAGGCGUAGCGCAAUAAAUGCAAAUCCUUGCCAUUUGCAUCAACAGGCAGCUCAAUUUGCACUAUUUGGACAACCUCAUUUGCGCCAUUUGUGUCACAGGACAAGACCAUGCAUCUAAUCACAUCUUUCAUUGACUUCACAUAUAAUUUAAUUUACUGGAGCGAACCAUAAUUCUUAAACUAGAGGCAUGAAUUAUUCCUCUAACAGAGAUCUGUCCAGACAAGUCAGUAAUGUGCCUAAGUUUCUCCAGACUGUUGACAUAGUUACUGCUGGCAAGCCAACAACAACAUCAACCUCUUAUUAAAUAAGUGCAACAUGUUUGGUUCAAAUUUAAACUUAUUCAAGAUAAAAAAUAGUUGUUGUUGCAUGGGUAAAAAAAAAGUUUAAACUUAACUGAGUCAAAUUUGUAUUGGAGCCGCUCUCCUGCACACAGAAAUCACUCAGGAUCAAGAGGAGUGAUGGUGAGACUUUGGGUGGGAAAAUUAAACUGCGGUUUGUUUUUCACUUUUUUUUCACAUUUAGCACCAGUUCUGUAGAUGAACAGAUGUUUUUAAUGAUACCCGGCACUGAAAAUUAAGCACAGCAGAUUAAGUAAAAGGUUACAGUAUCGAGACUCGAGACUAUCUCUCCACCUCAAACAUUUCAAACAUUUUCAUGUAUGAUCUCCUGCUUGUCUGGGUCCAUGGAUAUAACUUCAAGACACACCGCCCCGCCAGGUACGCCCAACUGCUCAUCUAUAAAGCAGAUGUGCUGGCAUGCAAACACUGAUUGCUUUGAUUGGAACAUGUCCCAGAGCGACAUGUAAGCUGGAGAGAUAGUCUCUUUGCUCAGAGAACCAAGGUUACAAUGUAACCCUACGUUCUUUAUCAUCUCAGGACUACUGUUCUACCCCAAUGUGUUACAUGCAUAAAUAAUAAAUGAUAAAAGGUCUCUCCAAAAAAUGCAGUUUACUGUAUUGGGGGUGUCCAGGGGAGUUAGCAAACCAGUCAGUAUCUGAUGUGACCAUCAUUUGCCUCAUGUAGUGCAACACAUCUCCUUGGCAUAGAGUAGAUCAGGUUGUUGAUGGUGGCCUGUGGAGUGUUGGUCCACUCCUCUUCAAUGGCUGUGUGAAGUUGCUGGAUAUUGGCAGGAACAAGGACAUGCUGUUGUAUACACCGAUCCAGAUCAUCCCAAACAUGCUCAAUGGGUGACAUGUCCAGUGAGUAUGCUGGCCAUGCAAGAACUGGGAUGUUUUCAGCUUCAAGGAAAUGUGUACAGAUCCUUGCAACAUGGGGCCGUGCAUUAUCAUGCUGCAACAUAAGUUGAUGGUCACGGAUGGAUGGCACAACAGUGGGCCCCAGGAUCCUGUCACGGUAUCUCUGUGCGUUUAAAAUGCCAUCAAUAAAAUGCAACCCAUACCAUAACCCCACUGCCACCAUGGGCCUCUCGAUUCACAACAUUGACAUCAGCAAACCAUGGCUCCAAACACGCUGUCUGCCAUCUGCCCUGUACAGUAAAAACCGAGAUUCAUUCAUGAGGAGAACACCUCUCCAAAGUGCCAGACGCCAUUGAAUGUGAGCAUUUUCCCAUUCAAGUUAGUUGUGACAAUGAAGUGCAGUCAGGUUAAGACCCUGAUGAGGACAACGAGCAUGCAGAUGAGCUUCGCUGAGAUUCCCUGAGGUUUCUGUCAGUUUGUGCAGAAAUUGUUUGGUUAUAAAAACCGAUUUUUGCAGCAGCUGUCCGGAUGGCUGGUCUCAGAUGAUCUUGGAGGUGAAGAUGCUGGAUGUGAAGGUCCUGGGCUGGUGUGGUUACAUGUUGUGUGUGGUUGUGAGGCUGGUUGGAUGUACUGCCAAAUUCUCUGGAAUGCCUUUUGAGACGGCUUAUGGUGGAGAAAUAAACAUUCAAUUUACAGGCAACAGCUCUGGUGGACAUCUCUGCAGUCUGCAUGCCAAUCACAAGCUUCCACAAAACUUGUGACAUCUGUGACAUUGUGCUGUGUGAUAAAACUGCACCUUUUAGAGCGGCCUUUAAUUGUGGCUAGUCUCUGGCACACCUGUGCAAUAAUCAUGAUUCUAAGCAGCAUCUUGAUAUGCCACACCUGGAAGGUGGAUGGAUUAUCUCGACAAACAAGAAGUGUUCACUAACACAGAUUUAGUCAAAUUUGUCAACAAUAUUUGAGAGAAAUAGGUCUUUUGUGUACAUAGAAAAAGUCUUAGAUCUUUGAAUUCAGCUCUGAAAAGUGGGAGCUAAAACAAAAGUGUUGCAUUUAUAUUUUUGUGCAGUGUAUUUACAAAUGUACACUAUUUACAUGCCAACCAGGGUGAACCCCGCAAGCUGAAAGCCUAAGAGGCAAAGGGGCUGCGUAAGGCAGUUGGCAAGACGCAAAACUGACCUAAAACACGGGCAAAAGCCCCACCAAGCCGUGAACCUGGAGACUUCUCAGGAUCAGACAACAGCUGCCAGGCUGACCGAAAGAGACUUCUUCAUCUACUGUUGAGCCACACCCUACACCUGCUCCACAAAGGAGGGGCCAGCUGCUACAUUUAAGUGGUAGAAUCUGGAAAAUGUAGAUUUAGACGACCAUGUGGCUGCUGCACAUAUGGCAGUAAGGGAUGGUCCUGCCAUAAAGCAGAUGAGGUGGUCACACUACAAGUCCAGUGUGCCUGAAUUCCAAAUGGGGCUUGCACACACCUGAGAAUGUUUAUGCCUGAUGGACAGUAUACACAACCCAAUGAGAACGCUUAGACCUGGACUAAGGUCAUCCCGAAUGUCCAGAGUCAAACCAAAUGAAGAGUCAGCCUGUGUGCGCCAGAUAUAUUCUUGCAAGGCCCUCACUGGACACAAAACAGACUGGUGCCCCUCAUCUUCCUGAUAUUCCUAUGCAGUGGACAGUGACUGCCACUCAACAGCCUGGGACAAGUUGAAUUCAGACAAGACCUUAGGCAGAAAAGCUGGAUUGGGCCAGAGAACCAUGCUCAACCCAUCCAGUGAAAACCUGCAGCACUUAUCAUAAACUGAGAGUGCAUGGAACUCACCGGUCUAUCUGCCAGAUGCUAUAGCCAGUAGAAAUGCAGCUUUCAGGGACAGCCAUUUUAAUUCCACAUCCCCUCCGGGUUCGAAAGGGGGAUGUUGAAGUGCGCUGAGGACCAACUCCAGGUCCCAAGGAGGGACUGAAGGUGUCCCAUAAAAACUCAGUUAAGUGAGAUUUAAGAACAAGCUUGUUCUCCUGAGUUAGGGUUGAUUCUUAGCUAACAGAUGGAUGUUAAUCCCAGUAUAUUUUCUGUCCAUGCUGUUCAUUGCAAGCUGGUUUUCUGUCCUCCUUCUCUCUUUCCAAACUUCCUAACCUUACCUUGGCUUCCCUGUAACCCUCUCUUAGGCAUGCCCAACUUCAUUCAGACCCCUGACGAUCAGACAGGGAUUUCGGGAGGAGUGGCAUCAUUUGUAUGCCAGGCUGUGGGUGACCCCACACCUCGCAUCACCUGGAUGAAGAAAGGGAAGAAAGUCAGCUCUCAGCGCUUUGAGGUAGAGUACAGGAGAAGGCUCUAUUACUACCUGUCUGCUGUGCUACAUGUGAGGAAACUCUGUUUAUAAUACCACUGACACUUUUCUCCAGGUUAGAGCAGCAAACAUUCUCAGGGUCUUUUAAUGAGAGAAGAGUGUGGAGCACUAAGGGCUGUUGAAUUUGCAGGACGAUAUUUGUUGUUGUUCUGGACUGUUGCAAUAGCUAUAGACUUACUUUUGUAUUAUUGUUGACAGGAUAUCUACUUGAGGUACAAUGAGAGAAAAUAAAAGACUGUUAUUCAUAUGUGAUAAAUCACAACUUAACUGUGAACAGUCAUGCCUCCCUCCACACACCUCCUGUAGGAUAUGCAACAGAGAGGCGGAUAUUUCCUCAUGUUUAUUUUUCCAGGUGAUGGAGUUUGAUGACAGCUCAGGCUCAGUGCUUCGUAUUCAGCCUCUGAGGACCCACCGAGAUGAAGCCAUAUAUGAAUGCACAGCAGCCAACAGUGUGGGGGAAAUCAACACCAGUGCCAAGCUCACUGUCUUGGAGGGUAAGUCCUUUCCAAGACAUGGUUUCCUUCUGUUAUAGCUGAUGAGUGAUGUUGGAAUUUUGUCAAAGUUUCCGAAAAUGUGCAGCUCCUUUAUUGGCCAACUUUCAGUUUCCACAGUGAGACAGACAAAGUUUACUCUAAGAAAUAAAAAUGUAUUACACAGUACUGCUUUAAAAUACCUCAAUAAACCACAAAUUGGAAGUCAGACUGAUCAGCUGCUGACUCCAGACUCUGGGGUCAGUUCUAACUACUUUCCUUAGAAGAUGAAAACAGCUGGGAUGACAGAGUUCAACUGAGUUUGUUCAGGAUAGGAUAAAAUACUGCAGCUUCACAAUGAUGUCAACUUGAUUCUCUGUUGUGGCUAAAGCUCUGAUCCACUUAGCUCUUGACACUUACUGUACAUGUUGAACCUGAGCCCAAAUGUUACUGCCAGUACUGCUGUGUUUAUGAAGCGUAUCUAUUGCACCUCCUCUCUGCCAUAAUGGGAUGUGAAAUCACACACUGGGACACCAAUACAGCACAGUUGCAAGAGUCUGAGUACAAAAGCACGGUGAUGGCAGAACUUUGUCCUGGCACUUUUGCAGAGUUGUGUUGUGUAAUCACUUGGAGAGACAAUUUGGUGACUUUGUUGAGUAACACUUAGUUUGUUGUAUUGAUUUUGUGUUUCCCCUUUCCCAGCAGACUUCAUCAAGACUUGAUGCAGUGGUUAAACCAGUGCCUUGGUGGAAAAAAAAUGGCACUUCUUUUUUACACCUGUUGGCAUUUGUGGCUGUGCUGUAAUGUUAACAAAUAAGUUACAGUGUUAAAGUGUCAGAGGGAAUUCAUCCGUCUGGAGUCUCAUGUCAUCUACUACAUCACUAAGAGCCAAAAACUGCAGAAUGUUGUCAUGCAGUAAAUAAGGAAUGUUUUUAGUAAUGUAUAUCUGUUUUAAAGGGUGACAAGAGCGACAUGAAGUCAGUGGCUUGACAUUUUUUACAGUCUGGACGUUCAUGUCUCUUAUGAGAAUUAGUGGUGUGCCAUUGUCAUGGAUGUCAAAGAGUAACAUGGCCAGCUUCACAACAAAGUUACCCAGAUGACCCCGUGGUAGACAACAGUGUAUGCGUGGAUAGGAGUGGUGAUUUUAAGAGCAUGGUAUUGGAAAGAGACAUUGUUGCUCACUGGGGAGACCUUACUGAAAUUCCAGGUCUUGAAAAUCAGGAUGCCUGUGCUGCCUCUUCGUCCAGUACAACGAGGAGUGUGGGAAAACAGUGUUAGCAGACAGAGCUGUCGGUGUAGCAGUGAUUUCAGGGCAUACUCGGGUUUCAGUCAGGGCUAGGAGCUGAAUAUGAAGAAAAUAAGGAAAAAGAAAAGUUUAAUUCAGAAAUUAAACAUUAUGUCAGUCUUUAAUAAAUUUGAAAUCAAUCUCAUAUCUUAGGCUGAAACUUUUAUUUUAGGGACUCCACAAAGGAUUUCAUCCGUGUUUGGUGUGAACACACCAAUCAGAGUCAAAAGCACGAGCACCCCAACUUCACUGGUUUUAUGUUCUUCAAAGUGGGAGUGUUACUUGGGUGUGUGUUAGAGAGCAGAGAGAAGAGGGGUCAUGUUUGUGUGUUUUAGAUUAAGUCAGCUUGUGGGAAUUUUAACCAGACAAACUUGAAGAAAGUUGUCUCUUAUUCUUAUCAACAACAUACACCAACAUUGAAAAUGCAUUCAACACAGUAUGACGCCCACCCCGUCUCAUCUGACCACCUCCCUUGCACAUUGCAAGAACAACGUAUUACUGAACAUGGAAUGUAAUGGCCCAAGGCCUUAAAACUGUUUUUUCCUCUGACCUGCCCUGGUGUUUGUUUUGAAUCCUGGUUGGAACAGCAAUAUCAUCACAUCAUGCGCACAAACUUUCAAAAAUGAAUCCUCAGAGAGCUGGAUAAAGUUGUGUUGUUUUAUUGCAAAAAUAAAGGAAUAAAACAAAUGAGUCACAAAGUUUUUCUAAACAAUAAAAACAGGAGACAGAGCUAUACAGACCAGCAAAUGGCCCUUGGAUCCCCUGAUCUUCAUCAACAGUAUCACCAUGGAGAUCAGACAGAGAACUUAAUUUAUGGAGGUUGGUGUGGCCAGUAGCUGAACCUGUUCCCUGCACACUCAGGGCUUUGAUCAAAACUGCUAGAAAGGACUGCAUCAGAUUCAGUGAAAGUAAAGAGGUGUCCAAAAUCCAGGCUGAAAAGGUCAGUAAAUGACAGGAGAGGAACGCCUAUCAUUAUCAACAUUUUAAAUCAUUAUUGAUGCUCUGAACAUAUGACAUAGUUUUCAUUAAUCCUGUGUGUACAGGUAAUUAAUUAACAGUGUAAGGCUUUCUGCACAGCGUGUAUACUACAAUAUUACUGUCUUAUUUAUUAGGGUAUAAAUAAGUCUAAAAACCACUUUAUUUUGCUUUCAGGUCUACAUUCUUUGCCAAGAAAGCUGAUUAGCUAAGUUCUUAGCUAAGAAUAAAUACAAGACUCACAUGUCAGAGUUGUUGAAAAAAAAGAGUUCAUGUCUUUAUAAUAACUGAAGUCCAAACCUCAGAACAGUAAUGUCCCUCAUUCACUUCACAGUUUACCUCACUCAUCAAGCAGCUGUCUUAACACCAACGAUAUCUCAUGUCUGUCCACAGACGACCAGGUUCCACAUGGUUUCCCCACCAUUGAUAUGGGGCCUCAGCUGAAGGUUGUGGAAAGGACACGUACUGCUACAAUGCUGUGUGCAGCCAGUGGACACCCUGACCCUGAGAUCUACUGGUUUAAAGAUUUCUUACCUGUGGACAUUGACAGCAGCAGAGGGCGCAUAAAACAGCUCCGUUCAGGUACAGCACUCCUGUCAGCAUGUUCAGAUGUUCAGCAGGGAAUGGCACAGGUGACAGGGAGCGAAGCAAUAAGUGAUUAACACUUUAAGUGUUUGGGACAAAAAGACUUUAGUAAUCUUGUGAAAGUGACAUAACAUCAUAUUUAGUGUAGAUGUAAAAAAAGGGAUUUGUGAAGCUCCUGUUCUGUCAGGGAGAGUCCUCCAUGAUUCAGAUGAAUUAAAUAUCUGCCUAAGUUUGACUUGUUGGAGAAGUUCAUAAUCAUAAAGUGGAAAAUAAGAUACAAUAAAGUAAGACCAGAAGAACUAGUUAAAAGUUAAAAAUGUAAGGAUGUGAUUUCAUAGACAAAGAUCUUUAGAUUUGAUGUUUAGACAUUUCAGUCUGAAAGUUUAGUUUUUAAGGUAAAAUAUGUAGGAUAUGAAAUAAGUAGCAUAUUAAACCCACCUUAAUAAAUCAUAAGACAUUACUGAAACAUGCUUUUCUGAUAACAGUGCAGCAGUCAGCAUAUUGCUUCAAAGUUUCAAUCCCGGCACGGUGAGAUCUACUUUUGUUUUGACCUGCAGUUUCAUCUCCACUGUUUUAGGAUCUUCAGGGGUUGCCACAUACAAGACCAGUUACUGUAUCAUGCCAAACCAACAGGUGUUUGCAUGAAAGGAAGCAGGCGAACAUGCUGGUCACAGAUAACUGAGUCUACUACCCACUGAAAAUCAGUGAAUCAAAAUACUUAGCUGGGUGGGUAAAAGGUCAGCAGAUGACAAUGAACACUGGUCAAAAAACACAAGUCACUCAAUGCAGUCCUCUCUCAACAGUUUGGGGGUUUUCCUCUGAGUUCUCCCGUUCAUUACUGCCCAGCCACGCCCCCUGAAAGCUGAUGAUGUUUUCUCCAUCAAAUCCAGGAGCACACAGCUUCUGGGUUCCUCUUUUUUUGUGGUUCAUCACUUUUCUAAUGUGUCUCUGUGUUCCACAUCAGCAGCUUGGUUUAUUAUUCAGAUCUAUAGCAUCUGUAUAGUAACCGUUUCUUUGUUUAACUGUUUGCUGCAUAUGACUUGAUAUGCUCAAAUGAUGCCAUCAACCAAAGUACUGAAAAAGUGAACUGCAGAUAAUUUGCUCCUAUCAGACUACUGACUGACUAAGAGACGGACGGACGGACGGACGGACGGACGGACGGACGGACGGACGGACGGACAGACAGACAGACAGACAGACAGACAGACAGAUAGAUAGAUAGAUGAAGCCCUCUGAUCAAUAGCAGCUGUAUACUCUGACCAAGUUGUAAUUGGAAGUAAAUAUGUAACUGCACAGAUGGCAGUCAGGGACUCACAGAAACUGAGAACAGUAGCAUCAGUAUCUGAUAUUCAGAAUAAAAACAGGGUGACGAAAAAAUAUGGACAAAAAAAUGGCUUCCACCAUGAACACAGUCUGCUCUGUUCAGGGAAAAGAAAUUUGUUCAGAUAAAAAUUUUGACUCAGACGUGAAAAAACUCAUUGUCAAACAAACUGAGAAUAGCCAUUUCUAUGAUGUGUUUUUUCCCUCCAUUCUUGUUUCUUUCACCUUUCCCCACCUCUAUCUAAUGGUUAUCUCUUAUCUUAUUUGCAUUCAUAUUACCUCUCCAGGUGGUACACCAAUCAGAGGUAAGAAUGCUGGACAUAGAAAAUGUUUGCUUGUGCUACCCUCGCGCUCUACCAUUGUCUGUGUCUCGUCAUCUCAGCUCUCCGUCCUUAUCCUGGCUGUGACACCUGCUCUGCCUCUAUAUACACUUACACAAGUGUAUAUGAAACAAGGGUUGAGUAUCAUCAAAAUCACUGCAAAUUACUUUUGUCUAAUUUACAGAGAGUAAAGAGUAAAUAUAUGUAUUAUAUUAACUUUAUGAAUUAGUGAAAUAAAUAGGAACUCAAAUAUUGUUUUUUAGUUUCUCAGGAGCUACUGAAAAAUUGGAGAGGUGACAAAUGAGCUACAAUGUUAUUUGCUGUACUGUAAUAAACCCUGUUUGGUUAAGUUGGUCCAGGCAAAGAAUAACUUCCUUUUUGUAGUGACAGUAAAAUAAAGCAAAAUAAACAAAAUGUAGGCCACAAACAUGACAAGCCUAACCCUGAUGUGAGUUUGUGGCCUGAUGAGAGUCUCAUUAGAAAAAUGUAGUCCAAAAAUAAUAAUAUGCAGUCAUUUAGGGACUGACCAAUAACAUGAAGUUAUAACAAUACGGUUCCUUAAAGGCAGCAUUUGCCCUUUAAAUAUCUGGAGUUAAUCACCAUAGCUGUGACCAUUAUUAGUAAGUGUACAUAGUUACAUUGGUUUUCUGUAUCUUCACUUUGUUGACAGUUCCUAGAAAUAUGCUUAUAGAUGCAUCUUUAUGUAACCACAGGACUCUGGACAGCUAAUCUGUUAUAUACUGUACAAAGCAAAGAUCAAGAGCUCAGUUUCAAACCUGUCUGAUGUUGCACUUAAGAGUUGUACUCUUAAAAUAUUUACAUCAUUUCAUUUGUUACUAAUUUUGAUUUUGAUGUUUGCCAUAUUCAUUAAACCGCACAGUCACUUAAAGUGUUUCUAUCUCAAACCUAACUUCUGCACUGACAUUGGAAUAUUAAAUGUAUGCGUGCUAUGUUUUUUGGAACAAAUGGAGGUGUAUUAUGGUGCCAGGUAAGACUGGGUAAAUAUUUUACACUGUUUUAACCCAAAACCAUAGUAUCAUUGCGCUUUGAGCUGUACUGAAGCUUUGGACCAAACUAGGGGGUUUAGAGUCUUCAAUAAAGCUAACCAUCUAUGAGCACACAGGUGUGGCAUGAUUCCCUCCACAGUGAUCCAAGAACCAGCUUUAAUAAUGACGAGUUAUUGUAUAGACUGUUACAUGAAGACCAAAGUAACUCUAAUAAAGCUUUGCCAAAGGCUCUGUAGGUGUUUUUUCGCUUAUGAAAUAAAAAAGAGGGAGAAAAACUAUUUUGUAAGAAACUGAAGAACAUUUCAACUUAUUAAAGACCCACUCUGAUGAAAGUCAUGGUUUUCUUGUUUUUUACAUGUUCAUAUGGUAUUUUUCUGAUGCCAUAGGACAUAUCAUGAGAAAUCGAAGGGCAAAAUUGUGUAUUGAGUAUUUCUGAAUUUAAAUCACUGUGAAUCUCAGACCCAAACGGCAGGCUCAGAAACAGUGAGAUUUUCUAUGUCACAACUCCAAGCUCCGCCCCUGGAGCCCUGCUCUGCGGGCCAGACUCAAAGAAAUAGAGAGGACAAUCGCGGAACAAGUGUGUGCGGUAGUGGGUUGCAAUGCUUGUAAGAAAGCUAAUUAUGAUAUUAACAUUCAUUAUGUCCCUAAAGACAUUAGUUUCCAAGAGCUGAAUAGCUCCUAUGUUACCUGCUACUUCUACUACACCAGCGAUGUAAGGCUACAAGCUAGCGUAAAGAGGAGUGUGCAGAGCAGCGCUUUCUCUGCCCACGACUCAGAGGCAAAUUACUAAUGAGCUACUGGAGCUCUGCAGAAGAAAAGUCCUUGAAAAUGACACAGGUAACAUGAUUUUGGCUAAAAACUACACAAUUGAAAGACCAUUGAGAACACUUUAAAGUAGUAAAAAAAAAAAAAAAGAUUGGAGUGGGACUAGCAGACUAUGAUCUUUAUCCUUUAAACCUUUACAGUUGUUAGGGAGCAGCUUCUUUAACAGGCUUUGAAAUGUCAGCCUGCUGCCUUUAUUACUGCAUCCCUGACAGUGUUAAAGUAACACUAUAAGUAACUAUAAGUACAGUUCUCUGCAAUCUUUGAUGUAGUUUCAAUCUAUACAGAGAAAAAGGCAAAGUCUGUAAUAUUUAAUAGGUUUGUAGGUUUAUAAAAGUUAAGCUGCAGAGAUGUUGAGGAGGGAUAUAUACUUCUAAGACAGAUGACUUCUGUGUGUCAGAACUAUAUUAUACUGUGGGUUACUUACACUUGUGUGAUACAGGCCUGUGCUAAGAUUUCUGGCCUCCCUCCCCAGGUGCUCUCCAAAUAGAGAACAGUGAGGAGUCAGACCAGGGCAAGUACGAGUGUGUGGCAGUCAACAGUGCCGGGACUCGCUACUCAGCCCCAGCCAACCUUUAUGUUCGAGGUAAGGUGCUUCAGACCCAUUUCAGUUACAGUGAUGCCUUUACAAUGAGGUUCUCUCUUCACCUGAUCUGCAUCAGUACUGUCCCUUUGAAAGUUUAACUGAUUGCCUGGAUCCGAACCAGAAUCAGUUUAUUGGUCAGGUAUGUGUGCACAUACAAGGACUCUGAUUUUGGUGAACUUUACUCUCUCUGUACAACAUAAAACAUGAUUAUUACACUAUAAUGUACCAGGCUACAUUAAACCCUUUGAGUCUACAUCUGUUUGUUCUCCAACUGUCUCCACAAAACAAUUGGUGAAAGUUGAAUCACUUCGCUCCUGCUUCUGAGAAGAGACAGAAAGUCAAGACAGUGUUAGGUUUCAUCACACAGGUGGGAGUUUAGAGCAAAUUUUUUUGACUGAAAAGAUACUUAAAAAGCAGAUAAGGUGGUUCCAGAUUUGUCUCUUCAGCCCAUUUAAAGACUUUAUAUCAUGACAACAAAAAUAGCUACUUCAAGUUCUGGGACUGCAAUGUGACUAAAGAUCAGGAAAAAUCUGGUUUGGUUGGAAUUUGGCUCCAAAUAUGUGUUAAACUGUCUACCUGCUUUUCUUACCAUCUAGCACAUGACAAGGCAAUAAAAACAGGUGAUCUGUGACCAGAAGUGGGCUUGUCUUUCUUCUGGGUCCGGGUUGUCUCCUCUAUAUUCUUUGGUGGGUGAUGUGUUUAGCCCCAUCUCAUUAAUCAUGCUUGUCUUCUUGACCUUCUCUUAAAUAAAACAGUUGGUAUCACUCUGGAAAGACAAGCCCCACAGACACACAAAAGGUGGGUUAGCCCCACAGUUAAUGAUCUCCUCACCAACUCACGGCUCCAAGCGUAUUCACUAACCUGGACUUGCAGGGCACUGGCUGCUAACACUGGGUGCCCAUGUCCAUGUCCAUGUCACGAGUCUACAAGCUAUUCAGCCGGCUAGCUAGUGUGCAGAUUGGGCAAGAUGGUUUAUUUACAUACAACAACAGCUUAUCUCAGGUUAUCUUUGGUCAGAAUAACAGAUAGUGCCAUUUACCCUUAAACAAUCAUUUUCCAGUGAUCUGUCUGUCCAGUAAGAGAGAAAGGAUUAACAUGUAGAGUGGAUUGUCAUAGAGAGACUCAGAAACAGAAUUUUGUUUCAGACUAACCAGGUAAGUAAAUAGAGUAUAAUUGAUUAAGAUGCUGAAACACAGGAUCACAGGAUGCAGAUCUAGAGCCAACAUCUAGAGCCAGCCCUGGUCCUCUAGGCAGGUUCAUGACCACAUGCCUGAGCUGAUGACAUGUUCCUACCAAGAGUUAAAAUGCCAGGCUACCCAGACACAGAUGAUGUUAAACUUUGUUUCCAUCCUCUCCAUUAAAAACAGCCUCCACUCAGUGAGUGUGUGUGUAUCUGUGCUUCUGUAAAUGUGUGUGUGUGUGUGUGUGUGUGUGUGUGUGUGUGUGUGUGUGUGUGUGUGUGUGUGUGUGUAGUGUUGUAGUAUCUCUGGCUUUUUUUCCACUCAGGACUGGAUUGGUGGAUAUGUGCCUGUUUUACUCUGUCUUUUCUCCUUCCUCUUUCUCUUUAUUUUCUUCUCUUCUUGUUUUUUCCGUUAUUUCUUCUUUAUCUUUAAUCCAUCACUAUUGCACGCCACCAUCAAACUAUAUUUCAAAUCUCACCACUCAGAUCAACGGGAAGGUUUGUGUUUUUGCUCUCUACCCCUAAAGACAAAGCCUGGCAGACCGGAGCCGUGCUGCGCCUGCUUUUUGCUUGGCGCCUUAGGCCCGUCCCAGCCUUUCUGUUUAGACCCUAAAGUCCUGGUUAACCCCUCACCCCUCUCCUCCAAAACCUGCAACAUGCUAAUACACACUGCCUGGCCUGAUAUAAUUUAUCACUCCAUGCUCCUCCAAUCUUUGUGAAAUGAGCAUGUCUAAUAGAAAAGCCGGACCGUGCAGUCCACAACUCAGAUUUAAAGACCUAAAAGGAACAGUCCCUCGCCACUAAAUGAUUGUGUGAAGGAUUUGUGAUAUUUCCUGUCUUUGUAUUUCCCAUACAUUUGGCCUUCUUUUGCAGCUUUGAAAUAAGUAUUAGUAACUUCUUUGGACCCACUGUCCUUUACAAAGGCUUUAUCUUGUUUCAACUCCAUUAUUUUGUUGUUCCAACUUGUCGGUUUGAAGUGGCAGGAGAGAAAGCCAAUCAGGUUCAUUUUUAUGCUCACUGUCAAUGGUUCCACAAACCCCCAUUAAGACUUCUGCGGGUGUAACACUGGUAUUGUAUAAGCUCAGUUUCACCUGGAUGGGUUUGUAACAGUUUUUAAAACAUGAUCUCACUCAACAAAUAAAACUAAAAUUAAAUUAAGAACAAUUAAAGUUAUGAGUUAAUGUUAGAUCUGCAUUUCUGCAGUUCUGUAGAUCUAUAGAUCUGCAGGUCUAUAGUUCUGUAGAUCUGUAGUUUUGUAGGUCUGCAGUUCAACAGUCUUUUGUUAGCUGAUGAUGUUUUAUUCUCCAUAUGAUGUUUACCAAUAUAUCAUUCACGUCUUUAAUCUGGGACUGUUGGACAAAGAGUGAAAGACAGGAGUAACAAACCUUGAUGAACUCUCAGCUUGACUAAAAAGAAUCCUCCCCAAUAUAGACACAUCUCUGUAACUAUUUUUGUUCAAUUACUGAUCUGCUGAGAGAAAGAGUUGAGAUAUGCCUGUGCAGUGAUUUUACUAGAUGACCAUGUUAAAUAAGGCCCCUUUUAAGUACACAGGGGCGUCUCAUCAGUACCUCGGCAUUGAUCCGUGCAGAAUAAUGUUUGUGAAUGCAGGAGUAUUGUUUUACAACUGUACUUUUUUAUCUCUAUUGCUUUUACUUUGAGUCUGAUUUAAGUAGCUGAAGAACUAAUCAUUCUCCUAUUUUAGCAACAUUACAUGAUUGUAAUGCAAAGGCACAAAGGUUUUGACACUUUGUCACUAUCACACAUCUCACAUCUUUUCAUGGCGAGGGUUCAUCGUUUUUACUUAUUCUGACAGUUUGUGCUCAUGUCACAAAACGGUGUAACCAUAAGGCCCUUGCAUGUUUAUCCUUCUGUUGUCUUGAUUAAACAUACAGUGCAUCCAGAAAGUAUUCACAGUUACAUUGUUUUCACAUUUUCCUGUGCUACAGCUUUAUUCCCAAAUGUAUUAAAUUUAAAUGUUAUACUGCAAAAUCCAAAACACAAUUACUUAUAAUGAUAAAGUGAAAAAAAGACUUUUGAAAAUUUAUAUAUAUAAAAAAAAGCAAAAUAUAACAUGUACAUAAAUAUUCACAGCAUUUGCCAUGACACUCAAAGUUAAGCUCAGGCGGAUCCUGUUUCCACUCAUUAUGCUUCACCUGUGGUAAAUUUAGUUGAUUGGAUAUGAUUUGGAAAGGUGCACACCUGUAUAUACACUGAACAAUAAUUUAACACUUUUGUUUUUGCUCCCGUUUUUAAUGAGCUGAACUCAGAGAUCUAAGCAUUUUUCUAUGUACACAAAAAGACCUAUCUCUCUCAAAUAUUGUUGACAAAUUUGUCUAAAUCUGUGUUAGUGAACACUUCUCCUUUACUGAGAUAAUCCAUCCACUUUACAGGUGUGGCAUUUUAAGAUGCUGAUUAGACAGCAAGAUUAUUGCACAGGUGUGCCUUCGACUGGUCACAAUAAAAGGCCACUCUAAAAGGUGAAGUUUGAUCACACAGCACAAUGUCACAAGUUUUGAGGGAUUUGAGGGGUGUGAUUGUGAUGCUGACUGCAGGAAUGUCCACCAGAGCUGUUGCCCGUGAAUUGAAUGUUCAUUUCUCUGAUCAGUGGACUCCAUCAUCUGUAAGUUUCGAAGAAGUUUGGAACCACUAGGACUCUUCCUAGAGCUGGCCGCCCAACCCAAUCUGAGUGAUCCAAUAGGUGCAUCUAUAAAGUAGUGAGAAAUGCUGUAAAUAUUUUUUGUUUUUUAUUUUAAAUAAAUUUGCAAAAGCUUUAAACAAACUUUUUUCACUUUGUCAUUUAGGGUUAUUGUGUGUUUGAUUUUAAGGUAAAACAUUAAUUUAGUCCAUUUUGGAAAAAGGCUGUAACACAAAAAAAUGUAAAAAAAAAAAAAAAAAUGUAGCACUGUGAACCAUUUCCAGAUUUACUGUAAGGAAUGGUUCAUCUACACUGUUGUCUGUUCUCUCAUUACCAACCACUAAGAAGCAGACUCACAGACAACACUUGCCAUGCUCAAAUAGCUCUUCACCACAAACCUUUAAAAAAAAUUGCUUUGAAAGUUGCUGGAACCCUUAUCAAAUGUGUUUUUGGUUUUAUUAAUGAUCAUGGAGAAAAGAGGAUUGAUAUAUGGAUUACUUGGAUCAGGGUCACUACUUAAUGAAGUGGCUCUGGGUCUCCUCUUGAGUUUUCUCUGGCUAAGGUUAUAAUCAUAGACUGUAUAUAGAAUGGACAGAGUCUGCCUCCUUGCUGGGUGAAGCUACUUUGAGAACAGCACCCUCUGUUGAUGGGCUGCAGUACAGGUCAUAAAUCCCGCCUCCGCCAGCAAAGCUUAUGGAGCUGUGGACAAACUUUAUAAAUUAAUUACACAGAACAUAAAUUUUUCUCCCCCCUGCUUGUGAUGUUGACAUGUAGUUACUGUAAGACUGGUUUGUGCUCAAGUCCUCUUUUUUUCUGUGCAGCACCAUUUUUAAAAGUUAUUAGGGGGUUCAUGUUUUCUUUGAUUGACACCUGAUACAGCCUAUUGGCGUUCAGGGGUUGCAUAGCUCUCCCGGGGGAUACACUGUUUGAGCUGAGCAUCAUCACAGCGACUCUCGGCGACUCUCUCGUCGAAUGCGCACAAUGCUACUGCGCAAUGCUGGUUUCAGGAAAUGAAGAAAAAUCGCGGAAAUACUGAGAGCUAUUUGGCUUCAAAUCUGAAUACUGGCAGGAGGUGGAACCAAGUUGCCUAUGGUAUAUACAGUCUAUGGUUAUAAUACAGUGUUACAGUGCCAUUUAACAGAUGCUUUUAUCCAAAGCGACAAGAGCAAGAACAACACAAGCAAAGAUCCAAUCAAGAAGAAACCAGAUCAGUAAGAGCAACAAAGUCCGUUUGGACACAGGUACUGCCAAACAGUGUAAAAGGAAAGGCAAUGCACAAAAGUGAAUUAAGAUUUUUUUAGUUGUGUUAACAGAUCUUACUGUUCAUUGUUGUAUUUUAAUGUCCCCACUUUGGUAUUUUUAUUGUUUCAGACCAUUUAUGCUGACUGGAUCUUGCAUGGAUCAGAAAAAAACACAUUUUUAUAUCCAUUUCUUAUUUACAAGUUAAUUUUUCAAACAAAUGACUUCUAAGUCUUUGUACUAAGCAUCUUGCUUAGGCCUCAAAAUUGAUCCUACUAGAGCAGAGGUAAAUGGAGGCAUAUUCACUACAGAAAAAAAAAUCCUCUACGUUUUUCAGAAUUAAUGAGAUAACUAUCUCAGAUUAAUUAAUUAUAACUUAGUUUUUGAAAAAUUAAUGGACACAUUCCUUUUAAUAACAUUUCUCAGGGUCUGGCAUUCAACACAAAUAUCAGGUGAUUUGAUACUUUUCGAAAGAUGGUAUGUUUCAUGCAGUAUGUGGGUGGGAUAAUGUUUUAAAGAAGGUGGAAUUUUUGAAACAGGUAAAUGUUCUAUUUUUGUUCAGUGUGUCGCUUUGUGUCAGAUUCAGUAUGUGGCUUUGUAUUGUCUUCAUUCACUGACCUGAAUGCAUUAUUGUUGUUGUAUAAAUGCAUAAUUGUCUGAAGUAAGUGAAUUUUGGCCUGAGUGUUCUGAACAAUAACAAAACAACAACAACAACAACAUAGAUAGAUAGAAUUUUAUUGUCAUUGUGAAAAGCACAAUGAAAUUAAAAGCACAUUAAAAAAGGGACAAUAAAACAUUGGACAGUAAAACAGUAAAAAAAAAAAAAAAACCAGUGCAGAGUUAACCUGCCAUCAACCAACCCUAUGCAUUUUAGGGAAAAAUCCAAGUCCAAAAUAAAAAAGGCCUUGGAGAGAUGAACGCACCUACAAAAUUUCAUUGUCCUACAAAAAGUCCCCAAUCAUGAUACUCUGAAGGGACGCUACUGUGUCUUUUUUUACCAUCCAUGUAUGUGCCUGGUAAAAUACGCAAAUUUUCAAUGGACCCAACCCACCUGCCAAAUUUUUGAGCCCUUCUAGAGGGUUGUACCGGUGAAAAACUCUGCCUUUAAUAAUAAUAAUAAUUAUAAUAACAAUAAAUAAUCCUAGCGUUUCAAAAAGACUCUUGCCGCUUCUUGCAGUGCCGGCUUUGGCCCCAACAAUAACAUCAACAUCACCAACAACAAAAAACCACAACAAAUUUAAAUAACAAAAACAUCAACAACAAAAACAACAGCGUCAUCAACUAGAAUAUUAACAAUAACAAGACCAAGAACAUCAACCACAAAAACAAAAACAUCAACAAAAACAGCAUUUACAACAAAAACUACAAUAACUGGCUUUGUUUUGUCUCCAUCCACUGACAUAAAUGGAAGUAAGUGACUUCUGGCCCGUGUGUUUUGCACAACAAUAACAAAUACAACAACAACAUCAACAGCAACAAAAUGUAAUCAACAACAACAUCAACAACAUCAUCAUCAACAUUAACAACAACAAAAAACAUCAACAACAAAAACAACAUAAUCAGCAUCAAAAACAAAAUCAGUUCAGUUUGGUCCUUCAGAGCAUUAAAGAAUCACUGUAUGAUCUGUGGAAGUCAUAUUUAAUGAUUAUCAAGUUAUAAUGAGUCUUAAACUCUUACCCGAUAUAUUUCUCUAUAUGCUGAUGACAGAAGAGUAAAAAGUUUACUGAGAUUAACAUCAGUGACUGACUUUAAACAUAAGUUAUCAUCACCAUUGAUCAAAUGAUAAAACUCAAUGAGGCCAGCUCUUAUGUUUUUCAAUUAAUCGAUCAAACUUUGUCCAUAUAGCACUCUUCGUGCACCAGACCCCCCCCACACACACACAGACACAUACACAUACACACACUCUCUCUCUUUCUCUGUCUCUCUCUAACAGUCCCUUUCUUUGCUCCUGCAGUGCGACGUGUACCUCCCCGUUUCUCCAUCCCCCCCACUAAUCAGGAAGUAAUGCCAGGCGGCAGUGUCAACCUGACCUGUGUUGCAGUGGGUGCACCGAUGCCUUUUGUCAAAUGGAUAAUUGGGGAGAUGGAUCUGACUAGGGAGGACGAGAUGCCCAUUGGCCGCAAUGUCCUGGGGCUCACUAGCAUACAGCAGUCUGCCAACUACACCUGCGUGGCCAUAUCCUCCCUGGGCAUGAUCGAGACCACGGCCCAGAUCACUGUAAAAGGUCAGAAACACCUACAAACGUGAAGAAGGCUGUGGAGGCCACAAAUUUCUGAUCUCUUUAUUUAAGUGCACUUGAUCUUGAUUAUACUUUGGAGUUUAACCUGAGAUUUAAGAAGCCUUUAGCUGUGAUUUUAUAAAGACACCUGUCAUCAAUCAAUCAAUUAAAACAUUUUUUAAUCAGACUCUUCCUCCUUACUGGUGAGCGUAUUGCAUCAUUCCGUUUCCUGUCAUUGAACUGAGUGCUGUACUCUUGAUAGCUUUGUCCCUAAUAGAUUAUUUUUCUUCAAUCCAUCAACACAUCUGUGAUCUAUCUAUUAUCUGUGAAGAGUGAAGUGAGUAGCUAGAAUCCUUUUGUAAAGAGAAAGUUUUGAAGAUAAAUUUUUAGCCUCUCCUACUCUAAGAGGAACAGCCUCCACUCUAGCGGCCAACAUUCAGCUCAAUACACACUUAUGUUAAAACCUGAAGAGGUCUGAAAAGUUCAUGAAGUUUGAACUGUCACUGCAAGAAAAGUAUGAAUGUGAUGAAGGAGUUGAAUGAAUGUGUGAAUGCCUGAAGUUUUGUAAAUGUUUUAAAUCUUCUAGGUGAAAGUAUGAAGGAGUGAGAAGAGGUUGAAUUUGAGUGAGUUUGAAGCCUUUUCUCAUUAACUCCCAUAAUACAAAUCUAAAUAGUUUUAAAAAUUAUAAUGGGAUGACAAAGCUUGAAGAUGUGGAAUAAUGCUGAAAAGUGUGAAUAUUUUGUUUUUAAGUCCUUAAAAAGCUUUUAAUACCCUAGUUCCCCUCUAGACCAGUCUAGAGUCUAGAGUCUGCUGGUCACACCAAAAGUCUCCAAAAGUAGUAUAAGACGUAGAGCCUUCAGCUAUCAGGCCCCUCUCCUCUGGAAUCAUUUACUGUUCGACGUUCGGGGGCAGACAUCCUCUCAACUUUUAAGAGUAGACUUAAAACUUUCCUCUUUGAUAAAGCUUAUAGCUAAGGCUGGUUAGGUUUGAACCAGCUUUUAGUUAUGCUGCUAUAGGUUUAGACUGCGGGGGACUGACACUCUGAGCUCCUGUCUGUCCCUCUCUCUACUCUCUCCUUUAGAUCUUCAUGUCCCAUUUAAGGUACUAACCAGAUCUCUCUGAGUGUCCCUGAGCUCCCCAGGCUCUUAGGCCCCUCUGGACUGAUGGUACAGAUGGUUCUCUUCCCUAACUCAGUGGCAGCGGGUAGCUGUCUGACAUGAGUCUGGAUUUACUCUGGCUUUCUGCCUAUUAAAGUGAGGUUUUUCCUUGCCAUUGCAUCUUGCUAAAUACUGCAGAGUGCUUCACUCUGUUGGGUUGAGAUGGAUCAAAUCUUUCCCAUCUUGAGGUUGGGUCUUUUUAAUACAUCAAACAAUAAGUGUGGUCUAGACCUGCUCUUUAGGAAAGCGCCUUGGGAUAGCGACUGUUGUGAUUUGGUACUAUAUAAAUGAAAAUUGAUUGAUUGAUUGACUAUCUCAGGGGAAUUCAGACUUUCAGUCUUUUUGUGGAAACAUUUUAGAUGGUCUUCAAAUAUACAGUUAACUAACCAGCUGACCAGGCAGUUUACAGCUACAGUCGUAUAAAAGGGCCAGCUAUUCCAGGAAUCACUGCAGGAAAGGUCCUAACAGUUUUUAGACAGCAGCUAAUUGUUUCUAUAGAUGAACUUUGCCUUCCUUCCUCUUCUCCUCACUGUUUUUCACCAGCUCUCUGAGGUGCUGAGAUAUGCCAAUCACGGCAGAUGCUUUAGUGCUUCUGUCAUUUAUCAAAUUGCUUAAAUAAGUGAUCCCAACAAUGUCCUUGCUAUUUCUUAAAUCCUUUUUCCAUUGCAUGUAUUUCCACAGCGGAGAGCAAACAGAAGAUAUCAGAAAGAAUCAUCUUCCAUAUUUCAGCUCGUCUUUAUAAAAUCAAUCUUUUUGACAAAUUUACUGGAGCAUCUCCAGGGCGCCUGAGCUGUGAUUUCAGUGCUGAGAUAUGGUUUAAAUCUUAAAUCUGAGACACAAUUUCAAUCCAUUUUUAUUUUUUUAUUUUUUUUUUCAGAACAAAGUAAAUUUCUUAUUAUCUCCAACAAACACUGUUGAUAAGUAUGCAUUAUUCUGCUUGCACUUGUCUACAUGGUAACACCUGUUGGCUCUUGGCUAAUCGGAAAUGGACAGAAAUGAGCUCCUGGACGGUCAUUUAUAACAGAGUGACAAAUGUUCAUGUAAACAGAAAAGGAAGAAGAAUAAAAUAAUGUGUCUAAUGGACUCUCCUCUCCAUCUCCAUCUUUAACAGCUCUCCCCAAACAGCCCAGCUCCCUGACAGUGACAGAAACCACAGCUACCAGUGUCACUUUGACCUGGGACUCUGGCAACCCAGAGCCAGUGUCCUACUAUGUGAUCCAGUACCGUGCCAAAACAUCAGACAAUGGCUUUCAAGAAGUAGAUGGAGUAGCAACUACGCGAUAUAGCAUCGGAGGCCUCAGCCCCUUCUCAGAAUAUGAGUUUCGGGUCAUGGCUGUCAACAACGUGGGCCGGGGGCCUCCCAGCAGUACCGUGGUUACUCGCACAAGUGAGCAAGCACCCUCAUCACCUCCUCUUAAUGUCCAGGCACGCAUGCUAAGUCCAACCACCAUGCUGGUCCAGUGGGAACCUCCAGAGGAGCCCAAUGGCCACAUACAUGGAUACCAGGUCUAUUAUAGUUCAGAGCGUGAUGCCCUGCUCAGCUCCUGGCAGAAACACAACACAGAUGACAGCCAGCUGACCACCAUCUCAGGCCUCACAACGAAUCUCACCUACAGUCUGAGGGUGCUGGCCUUUACCUCUGUGGGGGAUGGGCCUCUCUCUGAUGUUCUGCAAAUAAAGGCCCAACAGGGAGGUAAGAGCAUCCAGAUCAGUUCAAGACAAAGAUCUUUGGAAAACUUUAGAUAACUCAGGAUUAAAUUUUAAGUUUUUUUCAGUUCGAAGUUUUUGAGUAGGCUGCAUUCUUUCUGUAACUCUGGUGUGUUUAGAGACACCUUACGUAUUUCCAUUGAAAUACAUUUAUAAGGUUGUCAGCAUAGGGGAAGCUCUCUCUACAUCAGCAAGCUAAUCAGGAUCAAAUUUAAUGAGUGCAGAAAGUUCUUAUAUUCUGGUUAUUGCAGGUAGUGGCAGCCUUCUGCCUCUUCUCCUCAUUUGGUUCCAUAUUCCGUUUCUGGAUCCCCUUUCCCUACAAAUGCGCCUGAUGGGUUUUUCCCUCAGUAGUCUUUGAGGAAUCCCAUUUGGGUAAUCGGAUGGCUCUUGUAGGUCCAGGGAAGCAAGCUGCAGAUCCAGCUGCAAGGAGUAGGUUAGCCUGCCUCCAUGGUGUAUGACAGGAUUUCCUGGUGUUACACAGAUUGCAAAUACUUGCUCCAGAAAGGCAAUCAGAAUGCAUAAACUUGCCAAAUACUGAAAUCUGACAGCCAUACCUGCUACCCAUUCAUACUGCUACUGAUUACUGCUGGGAACAACACUGACAAAAAAUCUUUCUUUGAAGACAUAGUAGAUAAAAAUUAUAAAGAGUCUCACUGACCUCUGCAGACCGACUGUACAGUUGUGAUGAUCACUUUUAGAGUUAAGUGUCUCCAAAAAUUAGCUGAAACAUUGUGACAAAAACUACAAUAUAACAGGGCCAAUAAUGCUGUCACAAUGGUGACUUUUUACCACCUGGUUCUGGUACUCUGUAUUGCCUAGUCUUAAUACCUGCUCUGUCCCUAAGUCUCCUCCUGAUCUCUGUGUUUAUGCCUCCAGUACCAGCUCAGCCAUCUCAUUUUGAAGCUGAGGCUGAGCUGGACUCCCGAAUCAUGCUCACAUGGCUUUGGCCAGUUCAGGACCCUAUCGAAAGCUUUGAGCUGCUUUACUGGGAGGCCAACAAUCCCACAGACAAGGUAAGUACUCAGAAUCACACUAUUCUCUAACAUGAUUAAAUAAUUUCAAUUAGUACUGUUUAUUUCUUAUGUUAAUAUGUGUAUUUCAGUAUUUUUGAGCUUCAAUGUUUUGUAUUUGUGCAGUUAUAAUAACAGUAUUACGGAUAUUAAUGAACUGUUAUUUUUCAACCCGAUUCAUUGUUUGUCAGAUCCAACAGUUUCAGACUAUAUGUGGCACAAGAACGGAUAACCUGCUUAAAUGAAUGAGUGGAUUAGAUUAAAAUUCACACUCACCACACUAACAGGUACCCAGCUGACAAUCUUAAAAUGACACGGAUACUAAAACCAUGAACAAGUUAAACCCAAUUAAAAUAACGUACACAUUUGGACCUCAUUCAUGAAGCUUGACGAAUUCAUGCUGAGAUAGAGAAGCCUGACAGCUUGAGGAUGAGAUGUGUUUGCUCUGGAGAAUGAUGCAUGGUCUGAAGGCUUGAGGCUGCUUUACAGGUAAAAACAGUACAAUUAAACCACAAGAUAAAAGCAAACGCAGUAUCUAUCAAUCAACCAAUCAAGCAGUAUAUCUAUAGCACUAUUAUACCAGUCUGUCGUGGCUUUUGAGGCUGUGAUGCUUUUACUCUGUCUCUGCGUUGUCUUGCUGAAAUAAUCAGGGAAGUCCCUGAAAAAGACAGGGCUUUGAUGGCAGCAGAUGUUGUUGAUACCUGUCUUUGUCUUUACAUGGUAGAGUUUGAACUUGUAGAUGUGGAAAUAAACUGUGUUAACUGACAAAAAUUUUCUAAAGUUCUCCUGAGGACAAGGUGAAAAUGUGUAGCUCAGUUAUUGCAGCUUUUGAUAGGUUUGUUUGUGUGUGUGUGUGUGUGUGUGUGUGUGUGUGUGUGUGUGUGUGUGUGUGUGUGUGUGUGUGUGUGUGUUGUUUUUGUGUACUAACUUCAGUAAUAAAACUUUUACAAUAACUCCUUUGGUUUUUGCUUCUCCACAGCAUCAUGUCAGUUUUGACCCGGCCGGCUCCUAUGCAGUCGAUGGUCUAAAGCCCGAUACGCUUUAUGUGUUUUCGCUAGCGGCAAGAAAUGACAUGGGUUUAGGACUCCAGACUCAACCCAUUGAAGCAAGGACUGCUCAGACCAGUGAGUACUAUGCUCUUCUGUUAUUAGCUCUAUUCAGUAGGUAACAAGCUGGUGGCUUCACUGAAUCGUCCUGUCUCUGUUGUUCAUGCGCUUCUGUUGUAAGAUAGUUAUUAAGUCUUGUUGGUUCUUGUCUUUUCCCCAGCUGCCUUUAUGACCGGCAUUUCCUGUUAAUACUUUAAGAACUUCAUGAUUAUGUUCCCAGUAAAGCUGCAGCAUCCUUUCUUGAUCUAACUCCACGUGCUUUCUCUUUCACUCUUGAUGGAGGCUAAGAUGACCACCUCCAGUAUCUUUUUUUCCAAAAACAAACAGGGUUCCAGUCCUUCAGAUCUUCCUUCCAAGAUUUUAUGUAACCUGUCUCAUGUAACCCUGUUUGUUUGUCUCCCACUGUUGAUGUGUGUCCCUCCGUAUGUCCCAUUCCUUUGGUUCCCUAGACCAAGGCUCUCCUCGUCUCUUCAAUAGCAGUUAGUAUCCCAUCGAAGUGAGCUCAAAUUCUAGGUUGUUAUAAUUACUCAGGAUUUCUUCUUUCACCUCUGUGAGAUCACUUUCACCUACCUCCAGGUCUUCCAUGUAUACUUUGACUGUAUUGGUAGUUUUCUCUUGUCUCUGCUUGUUUGUCCUGUAUAGAGUUAGGGUUAGGAUCACUAUGUGAGGUGGCAUGUUCUUCCAUCCUGUAAAAUAUGACAGGAUUUAUCUAAAACUGGAGUAGGUCUACCCUGCAGUCUCUCAGCAGUUUUAGUUAAGAAAAAAGUCCUUAAUUACAAGAAUACAAGAAGACAUGACCUCAGCAGUGGGAACAUACUUCAGCAGACUGACUCACAGACUCACAUCUCCUAUUUAUACUUGCAGAAAUGUGUUUGUAAGUGCUUUCCACGCUCCGUAUCUACCGUCUUUUUUAAGCGUUUCCGUGUCAUUGCGUUUCUUGCCCCUCUAUGCUUAUGGGCUUCCCCCUGGGAAUCCCAUGGUUACAUCACAAUGCUAUCCCCUAACACGUCUGCAGAGAUGCUUGAUUAUGGAUAGGGUGCACAAAGGGCUAAAAAAGCCCAUCAGAGAUCACAGGCUUGAAAAAUUCAACAGUGGGACUGCCUUGUGGACUCGGCAAGUGGACACUGUUUAUUUUCUGGACCUUUAAGUGAUUUACUCCAUAUAAAACACAACAGUCUACACUGCCAUCUACUGGAUAAAUGAAAUAAAUUUAGGAAAACAAAGUAACACAGUAUAUAGUAUAAUAAAAAAAGUGGUGCACUCAAAGGUGACUGAACAUGAACCAAAAACCAUCAGGCUCCACAGGUGGGGUUGUAAACAGAAAUCACUAGAUACUUAAGUGGGAGAGGUCAGGAGAAGACGAUAAUAACUUUAUUCAUUUAGCACCUUUAAAAACAGAUGUUGACAAAGUUGCUUUAAUAGACAAAACAAAGGCAGAAAAGGCAGAACUUUGUGGACAAUAAAUCAUCAAUCAGGUCAAACAAAGACCAAAAGAAUCAGGCAAAAAAGCACAGAGGUUCAUGUCAAAUAAAGCAACAAAAGGAAGGUGUGGCAGUGUUUGCAUGGGCAGCCGCCCUUCUUCAUGCAGGGGAGACCCGCGGUCCUGACAUGCUCCAUUAAAGACUCACUUUUUCCAGUUUGUCACAGAUUAACUGAUCUCAUGUGUACAGUGUCCACAGUAACUUGAACUUGAGUCCUACUAGCAACGAAAAUCAACAAAAAGAGAGAGAGAGCGGUCCAAAAACAGUAGGGGAGAGUGGGGUAAGAUGAGCCACUUUUUACUUGUGUUGGUCAGGACAUAAAGAAAAAUGACACAGAAAUAGAAUAAAAACAUUUUCUUUUAUUUCAGGAUGUCUAUUAUCAAAUGAAAUUAGCAAAAUGCAUCCUUGACAAAGCUAAAAAAAGUGCUCCUGUGGCUCAUCUUGCGCCAGGUUAGGGGUAAGUUGUGUCACUUGAUGAAGCACAUGUAUGUGCAGGGCCUGGUGAAGGUAGCUCAGCAGAAAGGGAGGUUAAAACCACAGGUGCAUCACCUGCAGCUGCAGGAUGCUGCUCCAGGUUGGGCCUGUCUGACACUAUGGAUGGCUCAAACUCUGCAUCAGAGAAGAUAUCUCUAUUGUAAGGGAAAAUCCCAGUGGAUCUGAAUCCAGAGGAGAUAUUUCCUGGUGUCAUUGCUGACAUGAAAGCAUCGUUCACACAGCCAGGGAUUUGGUAUAUGUUGGCUGUUUGGUCUGGGUUGGAUCUCAUCCAACCAUCAAGAGCUCUGUUGUAAUAAGUCUUAAAUGGACCGUACACAUACUUUUCGAGAGGCUGCAGGUGAUGGGAUGUGUGAGGUGGAAUUGUGAGCAUAACAAUACCCCUUGUUUUUGCUAUCUCCAAAGCCUUCAGGGAAAUGUGGGCUUCAUGGUUAUCCAAGAUUAGUAGCAGUGGCAGGUCAGUGGAGCACUUGGUCUGCUGAACCAGAUAUUCAAGAAACUCAACGAAGGUGUCUUUAUUGAUCCACCCUGAUAUUGUGGAGGUGCCAAUUGACCCUGGAGGUGCUCCUGUAAUGAAGUGGUCUUUGUAUCUAACUCUUGGGAAGAUAAACAUGGGUGGGACUGCAUUACCAGUCGCAUUGACUGCACAGACCACAGUCACAAGUUCACCUCUUUCUGCAGAUGUGAUGGCACCAACUUGGUUCCUUCCUUUAUCUGUCACAACAUGCUUUGGUGUCUGUACUGUUGUUACUCCUGUUUCGUCAACAUUGUAUAUCAUGUUUGGAGGGAAUUUAUGCCUGUAAAAUAAAGAAAAGAGCAAUGAUGAUAAUCAUAAUAGUUAAACCUUAAGUAAUGCAGAAAUGUUUAGCAUGUACACAUUCCAUAAUAUACUAUGGUAAUUAGAGCUGGUAACUAAACAUGUAUCAGUUUGUUUUUUUAUUUACUUAACUGUACAUGUAGUUGUCAUAAAUAGUUAUUAAUUUUAAAUACUUGAAUUCUGUUACCUGUCCAUCACCUCAGCCAGAUUAUCGAAGAACUCUCCAACUGUUCUUCUAUUAAAGGCUGUAGCCCUUCCCAAAGAUGUUGCUUCAGGCAUAUGGCAGGAGAGAUGGUGGCGUGCCAUAAAAUUCUUGAACCAAUCGUUACCUAAAAAAGGAAAUGGUACUGUAUUGAACUACAAAAGAUAAACGGGUCUAUGCCAACCUACUGAGUUGUGUUGCUUCUUGCACUUCCUACCGGCUAAACCUUUCUCUCUCCAGUUGCUGGGGGUGGGAAUGUUGUUUCUUUCUGCCAAUUCUAAUGACAGUUCACGGCAUUUCUUUGGUGUAAGGCCAUGGAACUGGUCGGCGAGAAUCUUGAUAUGGUCUGCCAGCUCCUUCUCCAUCUCCUCUGAAAAGACUCUCCUUGCUUCUGUUGUUCCUCUGUACCCUGCUGUUUUUACUUCUUUUACCUCUUUCUUCUUUAUGUACCUCCUCAAUGUUGACCUGUCAACAUUUCUCUCUUUUGCCACUGAUCUGACGGACUUUCCAGCCUUGACAUCAUUGGCUGCUCUCUCCAGUGCUUCAAGGGGUGUUGAGCCCCAGUUUGUUUUCCUCUUGUAGGUUCUCGGCAUGAUUCCUUUUCUACAAUGGUAAACAAAUGACAAACAUACCAAACUAGUUGAGUAUACCCUACUGAAAUAGCAUUUUAUACAUCUGAGAUUUAGCUGAAUUUAAUUGCCUUAUGAUGGGGUAAGUUAAACCAUUGGCUCAAUUUACUCCAUAGCCUUUGUGUAAUCUUUAGUGAAGUGAUUUACAUGAUCUUACAUGUACGAAAAUCACCAACAAGUAUAUAAUGUAAUUUUAGACCCUGAUAAAUUUGCUUUGAUUUAACAGUCAUUUUAUCUGAUUAAGGAGAGUGGGGUAAAAUGAGCCAUUUUUCAUAUUUCGGAUCACUAUAUCAAGGCAAUCAUAGUUCUGUCUUUAACUGGUGUAUCUGCAUAUAUUUCAAUAUGUUGUGCAUCCCUGCAAACCAACAGAAUGAGGUAAACAUAACUGUCUUGAUAAUAUAGCAUGCCCAAAAAAAGUGGUCUCCUAUGGUCGUCUUACCAUAGGAGCUGUAUUCCCCCCCCCCCCCCACACACACACACACACACACACACACACACACACACACACACACACUCUCCACCCCAGCCCUCCCUCACCUUCUCUCUCCCUAAAUAACAGUCACUUCUUCACAUUCAUGUGUAUUUUUAUAAAUUAUGCGUGAUUCAACUAGUACAAUAAUUAUUUUUAGUAUUAUUGCAUAUAAAUGCCUUUAAGUGAUUCAGAACAUUCACAGCUGUAUUUUUAUAAAGAAAAAGUAACACAUUUCAAAAAUCUGAACUGAAACUCUGAUCCUCUCAUCAGACUCCUUUACUUCCCCCUGGCCAAAUGGCUCAACUUACCCCAGAACUACCAUGAUGACUUCAUUAGUCCUCUAAGCUAAAAUAGUGGAGUUUUCUGUUAGGUUUUUAACCUCAUGUUGUUGCUUAUAGUUACCACAAUUGAUGUAUCAAACAAAUUAAAAAUGAUCUUUUUUGGUCUGAACACAAUUCUAAUAAACCUUAUGACUGACUGAAUUCACUUUCAAGAGAAAAACGUUUUUUUGUAAAUAAAUAUCUAACCCCUUCACCCAUGUGCUUCCAACCUUCACAGACUCCAUGAAUUGAUGGCCAUCUCCUUAAUAUUUGGUCACAUGAUCAAUUUCUUUUACCAUUUCCAAGCAACAGGGGCUGGCUCAACUUACUCUUUGGCUCAACUUGCCCCACUCUCCCCUAUGCUGAAAAUUUACUUUGACAAACAAAAAACUGUUUUUUUGUGUAAAAAAAAGUACUUACCCUUUCUCCCAUGUGCUUCUCUUUAUCACAGCAAGAGUGGAAUGUCUGGUUCCUGACAAAACAUGUGAGCGGUUACCUAGAUACAAGAGUUGGGUCAGCUUACCCACUGGCUCAUCUUACCCCACGCUCCCCUAUAAUUAGCAACACCCUACACCUGUCCCUCACUCCUUCUGGGGGGAGGGGUACCUCAUAAACAUGUUCAAAGUUAGACUUAAACUUAAUUUCAUAUAUCAUUUUAGGAUAUAACACAAUAAUAUUAAAAAUAACAGUAUUUAAACAAAAUUUGUGAAAUGGCUCUAGUAGAAAGAAAAUAGUUAACUGGUAAACUGGAUAGAUGAUAGACUGUACAACUGAGCUAAAAACUACUUCCUGUUUCAUGUUAAACACCCAGCUUUGAGGCUCACCAUGGCCACACUCCUUGAGUUUUGUACAGAGUAUUUGUUUUUCCUUGUUGUGUUGUCUUUGAUACAUUUUGCUGUUGGUUCCCCUGUUCUAUAUCAACAUCAUGGGCUUUUAUUUAGUAUCAUCUGUUUUAAUGAGCUUUUUGGCAACGUGUUACAGCAUAUAUUUACAAAAAAAGGACAAAGUUUAUCAGUCUGAAAAUUAGCUAUAUUUUUAGUGUAUUCAGUUGAGUUUAGGUGGAGAAGGAUUUGAAAAUCAUUUUGUUUUUAUUCAUGUUUUACACAGUGUCAUUACACUGGAGCUGGGUGUGUAAAUAGAAAAAAAAAAGGUGAAGAUGAUGAAAUUGUGUAUUGUAUUGUGCUGCAGUGCCUGUAGGUCCUCCCAGGAAGUUGGACGUGGAAAUCCUCAACUCCACAGCCCUCAGGGUGACCUGGAAGCCUCCCCUGUCUGUAAUGAAACAUGGCCAGCCCAGAGGUUACCACCUGGUCUAUUCUAGGCUAGAGAACGGGGAGCCCCAUGGCCAGCCAGUCAUCAUGGAUGUUGUCCCCUCUGAUACCCAGGUACCGUCCUGUCCUCUCAACCAAUUCUACGGGCUCUAAUUUUGUGCCUGCCAGCGGCACAGGGUGGCGCACAUCUCGCAGUAGUAAAGUCAUGCAGCGCAGCCUUGUGUGCGGCCAAUUUGGUAAAGUGGUAAACUGAGACACCAAGAUGCUCCAAAAUGGGCAUGGAGGGGGAAGUGUUGACAGAAUCAGCUUGGUGUAUUAACAAAACUGUACCCACUGGUGGCGCAGAGAGUGUGCUAAGAGGUCGCCGAUUCAAACCUUGUCAGCUUUUGGCGCAGAUGGAGUGCAGCUGGUCAAGUGGUAAAUUGAUAGACCAGCGGAGUGCUUCGCACACGUCAUCAAUGGCUCACAGGCAGGUUUUCAGUGUUAGGCACAUUUGGGUGCAAUAGAUAAUCAACCACACCCAAUAUUGAGUGCAACUAUCUGAGUUAGCAUACACAUUUAGAUCGAUAUCGAUUUAUUCUGAUCUAUAUCUUAAAUGAUGACAGAGCAUGUGCCUUUGGCACAUGUAAUAGACACUUAACCUGACUGAAUAAACACAGCUGAAACUGUGUUAAAUUAAAUAUCCAGUAGUCACACAUUGUGGUGACACAAGAUAGUCACACAAGAUAUUUAAUUUGUCACCUGCCUGUGGGACUGAAGGCUCACCUCCUGUCCGUGGAGUCGGAAAUUGAUCGCCCCCAUUAUGUUUCAUCUUGUUCAAACAUUUAAAUUUUUGUAUUUUAUCAAAUGUAAUAAAAAACAAACUAAACAACACAGUGUCACAUCUGGCAUUGUUAUUAAAAACUGCAAUGGUUCGAUCUUAAGUAUAAUCUUGACAAAGAACCUUCACAACCUUGCUCAGAAACCUCAGAUUUCUUGAAAGAGCAGUUUGUGUUUCUGUUUUCAUUAACCUUCUCAGAGUGGAGUAGCUCACCAAAGACUGCUGUCCCAAACACACUUUCUCUAAAAUUCUCUUUCUGUGACCGUCAUUUUUUUCUCUUUAUUCCUUUUCACUUUAAAGGAGGCCAUUAUAAUAGGCAUGCUCCCAGAGACCACAUACUCUGUGACUGUCACUGCGUACACCUCCAAGGGUGAUGGAGCUCGCAGCAAGGCCAAGGUUGUCACAACUACAGGGGCAGGUAAGUGCCAGAUGGACACCUGUGUAUAAUGUCUACGUGUGAAGUAACACACUGAACCAGAUGUCUAAAAAGUGGAGUACUGGCAUAAAAGCUGGGCUACCAACCACAAUAGACAGGCUCACUAUUACACUGUAAUUUUGCUAAAUGUAUAGCUUCUGAGUCAAACCCAGGUUCAAAAGUUAGACUGCAGUUAUAAAUAUUGAUAAAAGAGGGUUUUUGAUGGUUUGCAGUAAGUUAAAAAACAUGACUGGGUUUAGGGCUGCACGAUAGGGGAGAGUGGGGUAGGUUGAGCCAAAGGGUAAGUUGAGCCACACCCUGUUGCUUGGAAAUGGUAAAAGAAAUCAAUCAUGUGACCAAAUAUUAAGGAGAUGGGCAUCAAUUCAUGGAGUCUGUGAAGGUUAGAAGCACAUGGGUGAAGGGGUUAGACAUUUAUUUACAAAAAAACAUUUUUCACUCUUGAAAGUGAAUUUAGUCUGUCAUAAGUUUUAUUAGAAUUGUGUUCAGACUAUGAGCAGCAACAUGUGGACUAACAUAAAAGUCCACCAUUUUAGCUUAGAGGACUAAUAAAGUCAUCAUAGUAGUUCUGGGGAAAGUUGAGCCAUUUUUCUAAUUUUUGAAAAUGUGUCGAAAAUACAGCUGUGAAUGUUCUGAAUCACUUAAAGACAUUCUCAUGUUAACAUUGCAUUUUCCAAAACAGCUAUUUUGCAGUUAUAUGCAAUAAUAAUGUAAAGAAUUAUUGUACCAGUUAAAUCGUGUGUAAUAGAUUAAAAUACACAUGAAUGUGAAGAAGUGACUGUUAUUUAGGAAGAGAGAAGGUGAGGGAGGGCUGGGGUGGAAUGAGAGAGAGGGAGAGUGUGUGUGUGUGUGUGUGUGUGUGUGUGGGGGGGGGGGGGGGGUACUGUUCAACUUACCCCAUACACAGGGUAAGUUGACCAUAGGAGACCACUUUUUAUGGCAUGCUAUAUUAUCAAGACAGUUAUGUUUACACUCAUUCUGUUGGUUUGCAGGGAUGCACAAUAUCUUGAAAUAUAUGUAGAUACAAGAGUUAGAGACAAAACUAUGAUUGCCUUGAUGUAGUGAUCCGAAAUAUGAAAAAUGGCUCAUCUUACCCCACUCUCCCCUAUAUUGGUUGAGCAUUGUCAUUGCGAUGUACGUGUACGCCAUAGUCACAAUGCAGUGUCUGCUAGGCGAAUGAACCCAUGAUCUAAUUUCAAGGGUAGCUGACUGAGAAGCACUGCAUGUGACUCUGUGUGUGCUGUGCAGCGAUCCACCAAUCACAUUCUUUCUUUACUCAGUUGCCAAUCAGACUACCCUCCCAGCCAAUCAGAGAGGAGGAAACCACGCCCCUGCAAAUGGUCUGCACAUAGUCGCUGGUGCUGCCGGUGUUGCGCUGAGAAACCCAUACCCCCCGAGAUUUACUUUCUCUGUUACUCAUAACUGUUCAGCCCAACAAAUAACAAUUAUAUGGGUUUUAAACAUAGACUGUAUAUAAGAUGGACAACCUUGUUCCGCCUUCCGCCUGUAUACGGAUUUGAAGCCAAAAAGCUCUCGGUAAUUGCAGGUUUUUCUCCACUUCCUUGAAACCAGAGCUGCGCAGUAGCGAUGUGCGCAUUCGGCCGCGCAGUCGCCUAGAGUCCCUGUGAUGACGCUCGGCUCAAACAGCAUAUCCCCCCGGGAGAGCUACGCAAUCCCUGAACGCCCAUAGGCUGUACCAGGUGUCAAUCAUAGAAAACAUGAACCCCCUAAUAACUUUUAAAAAUGGAGCUGUACAGAAAAAAAAGGAUUUGGGCACAAACCAGUCUUACAGUAACUACAUGUCAACAUCACAACCAGGGGGGAGAAAAAAUUUAUGUUCUGUGUAAUAAAUUUCUAAAGUUUGUCCACAGUCCCAUAAGCUUUGCUGGCGGAGGCGGGAUUUAUGACCUGUACUGCAGCCCACCAUCAGAGGGUGCUGUUCUCAGAGUGGCUUCACCCAGCGAGGAGGCAGACUCUGUCCAUCUUAUAUACAGUCUAUGGUUUUAAAUUGUACAUUUCCGUGGACCACUCUAUUAUAAGCGGUGUGUGUUUCCACGAGGUGCAUGCGAUUCUCAGCAGACAUGCAUUUCUCUGCACAACACCGGUAACAACAACAAUUGCAAAAUGAGCAACGAACUAAAGAAAACCACCAAAAAUUAAGACUUGUUGCCAAAAAAGAAAAGAGCCAGUUAUCUGGAAUUAUUUCGGUUUCAAGAAGGAUGGUGUCGGCAAUGCCUUUCACCUGUUACUAUAAGGAGCGAUAACAAGUUUCAGCACAAUAAAUGCAAGCUAAAAAUAUCUCUGAGACAGACAGAAGCCAUUCUACUAACUUUCACAUAAAGAGGUAAAGUCAGUGCAGGUUAAUUGUCCACAAGAUUUCAGCAGUGCAGCAUAACAUAAAGUGCUAUUCAGGUCAUCUGUUGAAAGUUCUUGUAUUUUUUAUAUUGUAAUAUAUAUUUUAGGAUUGAAAAACAUUGCAAUGUUAGUUUUUUUUCCAAUAUUGUGCAGUCUUACUGGGUUGUACAAGAAUAUUUCAGGCUGAGUCUCUCAGAAGGAUGAAAAAAGGUUCAGUUCCAUGUUAUAGAGACAGUGUGAACAAACAACAGAACAAUUGUAACAGGUACCAGCAUAUGACACCAAAUCACAGAUAUAUGUUUACCUGUAAACAGGAUAAAGAUGUUAAAAUAAUUAGAGACAGCAAACUGUGUCGUGUUUGUUCACCAUCAUCCUCUCACUAUGUUUAUUUACACAAUCACAAUUACAGUAAAUUCCCUGUCAAUAACCUACAUGGCUAUACUGCUGCAUUGUCCAUUUACUUAUAUUUAUCCAGCAUAAUAAUAAUACUGCAUUUCACUAAGCAUAAACAAUGCUGUUACUUUCCUUACUGUCUGCCUAGACAUAUACUGGUUACACAUUCAUAUUCAUUCACAUUUUUUUUGUACACAUAACAUUCCAGUUACAGCCAAAUACAAAACAAAAUACAAUAACCAUUCUCUUUUGUCACUCAAUUUGUCACUGUGUUAUUCUUUUGUCCAAUAAACUCCAAAUCCCUUUUUGGUCAAUACUGUAAACUUGCCCUGUAAGGUGCAUUCUAUAUCAAAGUGCUAAAAAGCAACAUCAGGACUCAAUACAACAGUAGCAGGUACGAGUUCAACCUAUUUACAUAAGUAUGGUGUAAAGCCAUUUCCCCUAAACCGUUUUUAUGUCGGUAAUGUAUUAAUGUACACAAAAAUAAUCAAUGGAGCCAGCCAUCUUUCAUAUAACUCAGAACAAAGCAUUAAACAACUGGAGAGGUGUUACUCAGGCACUUAUCAAUGAACUAACACACAAUAGAGUUGUGGCGGGAGCCACCUUGACUCACUAUGUGGUCCUCAUUCACAAACAAUGGGAAAGUUUCAAAGUACUGGUUUUACUCUUAAUGACAACACCAUGUCUGCAGUACUCUCCAAACGUGCAUAAACAAACGGUAACCAUUUCUGUGUGGUUUGUGAAGCAUUACCCACCUGUAAACGGGGCAAAGAUGUUAAAAUAAUUAGAGACAGCAAGCAGAGUAGCGUUUGUUCACCGUCAUCCUCUCGCUAUGGAGGGAGACGGUCGGCGCAUGCGCUAGACACACUACCCUGUACAAACCAGUACAGUCACCGGUUUUGCCUGUGGUCCUACACUGCCACCUACUGGCGUGAGUACAGUGGAUAUGUUGGUAAAAUGACAGUACACAGAGAAUGAUUAUAAAAAAGAAAGGCACUAGUUAGAAAUAAAUAAUAAAACACAAAACUGUUUUGUGAGCAUUACACAAUGACAGCAUGAUGGUUUGAGGGUUAGAUAAAAGCUUGGCUCAUUUAGAGUCUUUGACUCCAUGGCUCAUCAGUCUAUAUCUUGUAUGACUUUCUAAUAUCUGUGAUGUAAAUAAAGGAGAAAUGGAGGAGGGAGCAGCAUAAAAAACAGUGCUGCAGCUGAGAAAAACCUAAUAACCUUCCCAUCCUCACCUGACUGUUAUUUGUGCUUAUGCACAAUAUUACCCAAGAGUUGUGGAUAGUGACUGAAAGAACAAGAUCGGAGGUACAAGUGGCUGGGCUCUCCUUUAGAGAAAGGAGGAGAAGUUCAGUCAUCCAGGAGGGUCUCAGAGUAGAGCCGCUGCUUCUCCUCAUUCAGAGUAGUCAGAUGAGGUGGCUUGGGCAUCUAAUCAGGAUGCCUCCUGAACACCUUGCUGGUGACGUGUCCAGGGCACAUUCCCCUGGUAGGAGACCACGGGAAAGAUCCAGGACACGCUGAAAACACUAUGUCUCUCUACGGGCCUGGGAACGCCUUUAGGUCCCGUAGGAAGAACUGAACUAAGUCUGGGCUUCCCUGCUUAGGCUGCUGCCCCUGUGACCCGAGUAAGCGGUAGAAGAUGGCUGGAUGGACCAAAUCCCAGUUUGCUUUGACUUACAUACUUUCCCUGGUUGCAUUUCAAUACAUUUCAUUUUCACUGAGCAGUUAUUGGAAAAUUAAGUGUGCAUUGGCACAAUGUUUAGUGUGUUUGAAACCUCAUGAUUUUCUUUAGCUGCUAAUGGAUGUCAACACUUGCAAACUUUUUUGAGAAAUGUCCAUUUGUUUCAAGUUUUGACUUUCAUUGAAGAAUGCUUUGAAUGUAGAAAGUAGUUACUUUGUGUUCAUGAAGGUUCAAAAAGAAGAAAACAGUCAUGUUUUCAAGGGUGGGCCAGGAAACAUCUGUAUCAUGAUUGCUAACCUUUUUAGACUAACCUUGACAUAAUUUUGAGUAAAUGUCUUGUUUUCUAGUGCCUGGAAAGCCCACUAUGAUGAUCAGCACAACUACAGGAAAUACUGCCCUGAUCCAAUGGCAGCCCCCAAAAGAGAUGGUGGGGGAACACAUGGGAUACUCUCUGCAGUACAAAAGGGCAGAAGAGGAAGCAUUCAUUUCCAAAACCUUCAGGCAUACAGAUGAUCAUUUCACAGUCACAGGCCUACAUAAGGGAGCCAUCUAUGUCUUCAAACUGAGCGCCAAAAAUCGAGCUGGCAGCGGUGAGGAGUGUGUAAAGGAAAUCAGCACCCCUGAAGAUUUUCCCAGCAGCUAUCCCCGUAAUCUGAGUGUUGUAGGACUUACUGCCACCUCCACCAUGCUUGCAUGGGACCCCCCUCCCUUGGCUGAGCGAAACGGAAAGAUAGUCAAGUACGUGGUGAUGUAUCGUGAUAUCAACAGCCAGCACAACCACACCAACAGCACUACAGACACAAGGAUGACUGUCCAAGAUUUGUUGGCUGACACAACAUAUGACAUUAGAGUCCAAGCCUUCACCAGCAAAGGGGGAGGACCAAUGAGCCCCAGCAUCCAGAGCAGAACCAUGUCUACUUCCAUGCCAGGUAGGAACCUCUGUAUACAUGUAUCAGUGCUCCAUUGUGCUUGCUAAUAUAUCUUCAUAUUAUCAAUACAUUACUCUAUGGCUUUACAGCACAAACUUGGACUCAUCUCAGUCGUUUAAUUAAUUACAUUACAAACUGAUAAUCAUCUGCAUCUUCUUCAGUGUUCAUCAAGAACUUUGGUGUGACAGCUGUGACAGAAACCUCUGUCCUGUUGUCCUGGGAAAUGCCGGAAACGGACAAAACUCACGUGCCUCUCAAGGUAAGAGAACCACCUGUUCCAUGGUAGCAGCUUUAACUGGCACCUGAAGCACCUGCAGAACAUGGAGAAACAAAGAUAUUUUAUGUAGGGUUUCUUUGUUAGCUAUAACUAAGAAAUAGUCAAUGGUCCUCUCAUGGGCCUUACUGUAUUUAUUUGUCUUACAUUGACAUACAGUAAUAUUGAUGUUGAAACAUUUUAACUGUAGAUGGACUGUGUUUCUCUCUGUGUCUCCACUCAAAACUCUUAAUGCGUCUGUUAACCUGAUUCUUUAGUUGGAAGUCCAAGAACGAACUGGAGAGAUCUUCAGUUCACAGAUAUAACAUUUAUUUAGGUCACAAGUUAAGUAAUACAGUGCUGGACUCGGAAUGAUAGAACUCAUAGAAUUUUCACAAGAGUGGGCGCCCAUUUCCGGGUGUAAUUCGCAUUUAUUUUCUUGAGCAGGGGUUGUCCUGGACAGAGGUUUGACUUACAAACGAGUCUCAAUGGCCAGUUAUCUUUGACGUGAACACAUGAUCUUGCUAAAAUGUGCCAUGAAACAUGUGUUUGUUGACUUUGAGGCAUGUCUCCACUGGUGCAGAUUUGUCCAACAGAAUAAAGAGAACCUUGUGGUUCAUUAGGUUUCAGCUUAUUAAGUUAAAUGUCACACUGUUCUGAUAAAAUUAAAACAGCCGGUAAGUUAACUGAAAACACUCAGUUCAAUAAUUUAGUGAAGUGGAAAAGUACAAAUCUGGUGUCACAUUCUCUUAUUCACACCACAUUCACUCACUCAUGGCAAAGGCUGCUAUAGAGUCCACCGGUUUAGACUAAUCCCGUUGACUGGGCACAGCCAGCAGGGUCGGGUGUGGUCAAAGGUCUUGUCUAAGGACACUUCAGCAUGUGGAUUGAACCCCCAACCUUCUGAUUGGGAGAUGACUGACUCUGCCACUGAGCCACAGCCAUGCACAGCUCCCAGGUGCACUACACUUUGGGCUUGAUCUACUAAGAUCCCAAAUAAGGAGCGCUCGAUUGUGCGAUCGAGCGAUUGUGCAAACUACAAAUUGCAUGUGCUAUUAGUGGGCAUGUUGUGGAUGCACUAUAAUUGCAUGUACUAUUGAUAACAAGUGCAAAAGUGGUAAUUUUUUUUCCUCUGUUUGUGCCAAUUGUGACAAACUGUGAACCACUUCUCCUUCCUCACUUUGCAUACUGGCAUUUAUUUCAUUUAUUUCUUUGUGAGACUUUGUGAGAAUAACAUAGACAUAGAUUUUAUUUUUCUAAACCAAUUCACAUGUUAAAGCCACUGAUUGGCUUAUCUCAAGCAUGUUGUCUUGUUGUCUGGCCAUUUAUCCCAAACUUAAGUUGACUGUUUGAUUAAAAAAAUGAUCUUGAAUAACUCAAACUCAGGAAUGACAGCCUUAUUGGCCUUCCUUGUGUACUGGUCCAUACUGACACAUUUCUAAGCUGAGUUACACUUCUUUACGUACAGAGCUGUUGUCUGUCUCUUGUCUUUUUCCUCAAAUGUAAAUUUUUUUUUCUCUAAAUCACUUCAAAUACAUUUAUCUAUCACUUCAAGAUUGAAUGAAAUGUCUGAAUUUUAUAGACAAACAUAAAUAUGUGUCAAUGCAACUGUAACAAAGUCAGUAAUGAAGGUCCUCCUGCCCUUAGAUCCUCUACAACCAGCAGAGCCUGGAGGUUCAAGGUAACCUGAAGAAGAAGUUGAUCACUCAGUUACAACCCUCUACAGACUAUUCCUUUGUGCUGAUGAGCCGGGAGAAUGGAGCUGGUGGUCUACAACAGCAAGUCUCCAUUCGAACGGCUCCAGAUCUUCUGAAAAUGAAACCAGCUCAAUACAAACAGGACUCUGUGGAGGAUGGUCAAGUUUCUAUCAGCCUGCCCAGGGUACCUGCUGGAACUGCGGUCAGGUCUGUAAGGUUUUCCAGUCUGGAAAACAACCCUAACUAAAGUGAAUUAGACAUGAUUCAGGAGAGAUAUGCAGAAGCAAACUAAAUCUAAAGGCCAAAGCAAAGGGGAUCCUGGGGGUUUACCACUGCGAGCAGUACCUUAUUUAAUUUAGUCAUUUAAUUUAUUUGCUGUAAAAACCAUUUAAGUUGAAUGUUGAGCGUGUUUUGGUCAAUUUCAUCACACUUUUUGUUUAAAACCCUUAUCAACUUAUCGUGUCUCCUCAUCAUCUCUGCCUAGUCCAUCAUUAAAGCAGUGUUGGAAUGAGCUUUUAAUUUAUAUACAGUUAUUUUAGUAAUCCCAUUUCAUCCUACAGUCCCUUAUCAAAAAGAAGUAUGUUUGAAUGUACUUUAAGUAUACUGUGUUUAAACUAAGUAUGCUUUCAAUUUACUUUUUACACACUUUUCAGAGACAUACUGAACAAAGUUAAUGUUAAGUAUACUUGGUUUGUACCAAGAAUUAUACUAAAAGUCUAACCUAUUACUAAAAGUAACCUAUACUCAUACAUACACUUUUGAUCAAGAUAUACUUAUGUAUGUAUUUACGCCUCAGGUUUAACUAUACUUGGUCAGUGAAUACUUCAGUGGACUUCCAUAUAUCUUUUUAACAGUAGACUCUUAUAGGGUAUACUCUUAAAAAGAUAAGCAGUACAGGCCAAAUAUACAAAUAAGCACUACGAUUGAAAUAAAAGCAUACUCAGAGGUAGUUUUGAGUAUUUUUUACAGAAAUACAACCACCAUGUUUUUCUCUAUUUUUUGGAUCAAACCACUUUAUUUGGUUUUCUCUUUGUUCAGUCUUUAAUCCAAGCAGUCAAAGCUUUACAUGUUUCUGGAUGUGAAGUCAUUCUGAACCUGCUGCUGCUGCCAUAUGUGAAGAGAAUUUACCAAACACAUGAAGUGGUUAUUUUUUAACACACAGUUAUCACUAAAUAAAAAGAACUGAAGCUUCACAGUUCUGACUGCAGAGAGGUCUUUACUGGGGGGGGUUAUUUCUGGCAUAGUGUUUAAUUCUGACACAUAGACUGUGUAUACUUUGGACAACUUGGCUCCGCCUUCCUUCAUUAUACAAAUUUGAAGCCGAAUUGCUCUCAGUAUUUCCUCCACUUUCUCCACUUCCUGAAACUUCCUGGGAGAGUUGCAGAGAGUUGCUGUGAUGACGCUUUGCUCAAAGAGCAUAUCCCCCCGGUGAGGUAUGCAAUCUUUGUAUGCCCACGAACAUGAACCCCCUAAUAACUUUUAAAAAUGGAGCUGUACAGAAAAAAAUAGGACUUGAGCACAAACCAAUAUUACAGUAACUACAUGUCAACAUCACAACCAGGGGGGAGAAAAAUGUAUAUGCUGAGUAAUUAAUUUUUUAAGUUUUUUCCACAGCUCCAUAGGGAUUGCUGGAUGGGGGCAGAAUUUAUGACAUGUACUUCAGCCUGUCACCAGAGGGUGCUGUUCUUGAGGUGGCUUCACCCAGUGAGGAGGCAGAUACUGUCCAUUCAAUAUACAGUCUUUGUUCUGACAACACUGACAAGAGUUGAGGUCAAAUGUCUCUUUUACAAUCAGAACCAGAACCAGAAUUAGCUUUAGUGGCAGAGUAUGUGAAACAUACAGGGAAACUGACUCCAGUAGACUUUGCUCUCUGUGUACAAACAUGAAAUAUAACAUAGAUAUGAAUAAGCUCAGACAUUUUACGUAUAUUUGUAACAUUAUCUACACUGACAGCGUCAAAUUGAUCAGCUGACUUUGUGCUCUUUAAAACGCAUAUUUUGUUUCAAAUUAUCAAAAGCCACUCACAGAGUUUCUUGCAAUUAAAAUGUUGCUUAAAACAUUUCAAAUUCCAGAAUUCAUUCCAGAACCUGUGCUCAACCAAGUAGCUGUAAAGUCUGGUCUCUCUGGGUUUCUGCAAUUUUUUCUCUUGUUUUUUUUUUUUUUUUUCAUGCUUUUGUCGUGUUUUGUUGACUGCUGAUGGAUAUUCCUGCUGAGAGGAGAGGUAAUUCAAGAAAUGAGCUUCUCUCAUUGAGACAGAGCAAAUUUGGACAACGGCAUCCAAUCCCAGAGAACAUCAGGAGGCAUUAUUGUGGUUGCUGUGGUGGUGCAAAGGUGAAGGCAAGGUUGAAGGCUAAGAAGUGGAGCUAUAAACCCUUUCUUCCAUCAGUCAUCACGGGAAACGUCAACUCUCUGCCCAACAAAAAUGAUGAGCUGUAGAUAUGGGUGAAGACUUUAGAAAGCAUACCGUGAGUGCAGUCUCUUGUGUUUUACUGAAACCUGGAUGAAUCAAAAAACUCAGACUCCGGUGUGGAUCUAUCUGGCUUCACUCUCAUAAGGUCAGACAGAGAUGCUCAAGCUAGUGGCAAGAAGAAAUGAGGAGGUCUGGCUUUAUUUGUCAACCAGAGAUGGCGUAACCCUUCACACAUAACUGUCAAGGAGAAAUUGUGUUGUCAAGAUAUUGAACUGUUGGCAGUUGCUCUUCGGCCAUAUUAUGUUCCAAGGGAGUUCAGUCAUAUCUUAACAAUACUUGAAUACAUACCAAAGGCUGAAGUUCCAUAUUUGGUUUCAAGUUUCAUUUGGUUGGAAUCAAGUUGGACUCACUGGAGGGUGUUUUAGAGAGCUGCACACUGAAGAACGUGGAGGCUAUUUAAAAAAAACAUGGAUCAUAAUUUCACAACACCUGGAUGGAGGAAUAAGACUGGAUGGUGAUGGUUAGCUCUUUUAUACCCACAGCCAUUUACUCUACUGUAAAUAGUAGAUGAGAUUCCAGACAAACGAAUUUUCUUUUGAGGAUCAACAAAGUUCUAACAAAGUUCUUGUCUUGUGUUGCCAUCCAUCCAUUUAUGUUGUAUACAGAGAUUUUUCUGUCUGUAUAGAUAAACAGUAUUAGUGUCUUCUUACAGUCAUUUCUUUGUUUUUGAUGCAGAUGGUACUACAUAGUUGUUGUCCCGGUAAACCAGGCCUCGCUGACACACUGGGAGAGCCCAGACUACAUGGACAUCGAUGAGGUAUGAGCUCUUCAAUGAUAAGUGCCUGAUUCUUACAAAGACAGAAGUUGUUGUUCUUACAGCCACUUUUCAGACACUCAGGGCUCAUUUAGGGAGAUAACUCAGAUUAAGGGUCGAGGUAUUUUAAUGUUUUGUACACUGUGUUUCAUGCACAGAUCUGCAUGUAUAAAAAUCUGCGUCACAUAAGGACAAUGUUAUGUAUUUUUUUCUGUCAAGCACAUUCUCCAGUAUAGACUGGGAAAAGGUGAAAUCAUCAAUCUGAAUAUGAAUUAUGGGUAUGAGAAUAGAAAGUGUAUUCCUGAGCUGCAGGGAUAACAGCUUAACAUAUGUCUAUCAUUGCCAAAGAGUCUCUUCCUUCAUUAAAUCCUGCUGAUAGUGCACCAUCAGAUCAUGAGGGUUCACAGUGUUGAACAGUGAAAGUAAUACUACACAACAGUCCAGUCUACACUGUGUGCACAAUUAUUAGGCAAGUGAGUAUUUUGAUCAUAUCAUCAUUUUUAUGCAUAUUUUCCAACUCCAAGCUGUAUAAACUUGAAUGCUUAUCGGAUAUAAGCAUAUCAGGUAAUGUGUAUUAGUGUAAUGAGGGAGGCCGGGGCCUAAGGAGAUCAAAACCCUAUAUCAAGGUGUGCAUAAUUAUUAGGCAGCUUCUUUUCCUUAGGUAAAAUGGGCCAAAAAAGAGAUUUAAAUGACUCUGAAAAGUCAAAAAAUGUAAAAAGUCUUUCAGAGGGAUGCAACACUCUUGAAAUUGCUUAGAUAUUUGGGCGUGAUCACAGAACCAGCAAACAUUUUGAUGCAAAUAGUCAACAGGGUCGCAAGAAAUGUGUUAAGAAAAAAAGACGCAAAUUAACUGCCAAAGAUUUGAGAGAACACAAACGUAAAGCUACCAGGAACCGCUUAUCCUCCGGUGCUGUCAUAUUCCAGAACUGCAACCUACCUGGAGUGCUCAGAAGUACAAGAUGAUCAGUGCUCAGAGACAUGGCCAAAGUAAGGAAGGCUGAAAUCUGACCACCACUGAACAAGACACAAGUUGAAACAUCAAGACUGGGCCAAGAAAUAUCUGAAGAGAGAUUUUUCAAAGGUUUUAUGGACUGAUGGGAUGAGAGUGACUCUUGACGGACCAGAUGGAUGGACCUGUGGCUGGAUCAGUAAUGGGCACAGAGCUCCACUUCGAAUCAGACACCAGCAAGGUGGAGGCGGGGUACUGGUAUGGGCUGGUAUUAUUAAAGAUGAGCUAGCUGGACCUUUUGGGUUAAAGAUGGACUUAAAAUCAACUCCCAAAUCCAAUGCCAGUUUUGAGAAGACACUUUCUUCAAGCAGUGGUACAGGCAAAAGUCUGCAUCUUUCAAGAAAACCAUGAUUUUUAUGCAGGACAAUGCUCCAUUGCAUGCAACAAAGUACUCCACUAUGUGGCUCGCCAGUAAAGGCCUUAAAAACGAAAGAAUGAUGACGUGGCCUCCUUCUUCACCUGACCUAAACCCUGUUGAGAACUUGUGAGCCCUUCUUAAACGGGAAAUUUACAGUGAAGGAAGACAGUACACCUCUCUGAACAGUGUCUGGAACAGUGUCUGGAAGGCUUUGGUUACUGCAACACAAAAAGUUGAUCGUCAACAGAUCAAGAAACUGAAAGACUCCAUGAAUGAAAGGCUUAUGACUGUUAAUGAAAAGAAGGGUGGCUAUAUUGGUCACUGAUUUUUUUUUUUUAUUUUAACAAUUUUUAUUUGUAAAUUGAGUUGUUUGUUUAUCAUUCUCACUUGAACAAGUGAAAAUAAACAAGUGAGAUGGAAAAUUUUUCAUUUUUAAUUUAGUUGCAUAAUAAUUCUGCAUACUAAUAGCUGCCCCCAAUAAUUGUGCACACAUAGAUAUUCUCCUAAGGAAGCCAAAAUCUCACUUUCACUCCCUUAAAUAUUAAGGUUUGAGGUUUAUUAACAUUUUGGAUUGACCGAGAGCACUGUAGUUGUUCAAAAAUAAAAUUUAUCCUCAAAAAUACAACUUGCCUAAUAAUUGUGCACACAGUGUAAUACCUGACCUUCUCAGAAUUGUUCUCCAAGAAGGUUUCAUCAACCUUCCUCUCAUAUCUGAGCUUCCUGUUCUCCUAGAUAGAACAUAUGGCUGACUUCAUCUCUGUUGGUCCAUUUGCCUCUCCCUCCUCUGCUGCCUCCUCCUGCCCUUGGUCCUUAUCUUCUUCCUCCUCUGCUGACCUCUUAUACUCCCAGCAUUUAUGUCCCUCAUCCUCUGCUGCUUCUCUCUGUACCUGAUCUACAUAUUCCUCCUCUUCUGUUGGCUAAGUCUUCAUCUUCCUCAUUCUACUUUUCCAUCUGUGUGAUCUUCAUUUAGGUCUACAGCUGCUGCUUCUUUCUGUCUCUGGGAUUCACUGUCACCUCCUGCUCCUGUGCUCUUAGUAGUAGUACCUCCAUCAUUGUCACACAGCUUACUGCUAUUUUCUACCCCUGUCGUCUGUCUGCCUGCUGUCCCCUGCAGCUCCUGGAGUCCAGCACUAACAGCAGUCUACAGAGGAUGUGGAGGAACAGCCAGGAUUUCCUUCAGCCUUAUAUCACUGCCAGACUUGCUCAUCUGCCUGAAAUAUUCACUCUUGGUGAUGAGAAGACAUACAACGCCUACCACAACAGACCCCUCGCUGGCCAGCAGCAGUAUCGCUUCUUUGUUCUGGCCGACUUGACUCAACACGAGUCUGUGAGUAAUGUCUCCAUGUCUGAGAAUGUACGCAGCAUUUAAAAAACCUACACUGUGGGUUUAUUUUUAGUUAGUCUAGUAGUCAUAUAUUUUUCAUCCCCAGAUUUUCACUGACCACCAUCAGUAAACCUCUAACAGAACACAGAUUGUUGCUCAAAUCGAAAAGUGCAUCUUAAGGACACCAAGUUUCAAGAACGCAGCAAUACUGAACAGCCCUUUGUUACUAUAUUAAAUAAGUAGAACUGAUAAGCCAUUGAUCACGAGGCUGUUCUAAGUUUCAAAAUCACUAAAAUCUUUGUAGCUUUGUCUGAGCGCCCAAUCACUGAACAUUUCACAAACAAUGUACUUUUAAAACUAUUCAGUCACAUCUCAUGUAGUCAGCAUCAUAUUUGCGUUUCACUAUGCUUGAUUAUCAUAUGAAAACAAACUUUAUGAUCUUCUUCUAAACGGUGAAAUAGCAAGUGUGAACCAGCAUUGCUUGGUGUUAUCACCAUGUGCUGUUAGAGGGGGGAUGGAUAUCUGUCAGUAUCUGUCAGCCUCUGUCAGUAGGAGGGAAUUACAUUAAGUUUAGUGUUUUAAUCCCGAGUCUAGCUCUGCAACAGUAUACGGAAUCUAAAUCAACUUGUGGUCAUUUGCAGCAGAGGACGUUUACGUCCAGCCCAUUCUCUGAGCCCAUCAUGAUGAUGCUCCAUAGUGAACUGGACCAGCAAACGGAGAACCCAGAGAUGCUGUGGGUGAUGGGUCCAGUCCUGGCUGUUAUUCUAAUUAUUAUCAUAGUCAUUGUUAUUCUUCUCUUUAAGAGGUGAGUCUUGCAGAUGUCUUGCAGAUAUAUAUGUAUAGAUGAAGCUCCUCAGAGUAAUGUAAGUCACACUAACAUAAAUAACAUUAUAGUAGAGGUAACAUGAGUUUGUCCUUGACUACACCUGACAUAGCUUUUGGCCUCCCUGCUGUUAAACUCUUGAAAGUUAAUGCUUUCUUUCUCUGCUCUUUGUUUCCUGCCUCCUUUUUGUAAAUGCAGCAAACAAGAAAGGUAAGUACAUUUGUCUGUUGUUGAACUGCUUUACCUACCAACCCUUUUUCUUUGUUUGGUAGCCCUCCUUUAACAGUCUUUUGGCAGUGAAACACACUGUUUUCUGAAUGUGUUGAUGUAGUGGACUCAGUGGACUAGUACUGGACCCUGAAGCACACAUCAUGACACCAUGGCUGUGACAGAUAGCUUUAAACCAGAGUCUAAUAAACCCCACCGUUAAAUGACACUUGAUAACUUUCUGCUGCUAAAAAGCAACAAAAAGCCACCUUAUCACUCUGUCCUGCAUUUCAUUUCAUUUCAUUUCAUUCAUUCAUAUUUGCCACAACAGAGGACUUGGGCAGAGGGUGAUGGGAUUCACGAAACUAUAAUCUUCAUCCUGGAAAAACACUUCUGAUUCAAAGUUUACUAGAAUCAACACAUGUUCCUUGUCAGUUCCUCAUGCAACAUGGGAGUUUCUCUCAGUGCCUUUGAGAAUCUCACCACCACACUCGCAUAUGUGUGCGGUUUUCAAGCCUAUUUAUUUCAUUAAUUCAUUAAUUCAUCAUAAUUGCUGAGUUCACCGUUUCUUAUUUUCUUUCUGAAUGAUCCCACUUCAGUGCCCUUUUUUACUAUGAAAACCUGCAGCUUGGCUUUCAAAGCGAAUACAAGACACCACAAAUAAACAGCAAGUCCAACAUGACCAAGUUUCUUUUCUCAAGGGGGCUUCACAAAACCCAAAGCUUCAGACAGACAGUCAAUAAAUAGUAUCCGUAAAGAAAAGCAAAUAAGAAUCUGCUACUUUGUAACUCUGCAGGCAAAAUCAUAUGAAAAGUGUCCUAUAGUAAGUGUUGCUUCUUGGGAAAUAAUGUAUAAAGGGGCCCUAUUGGUCUGAAGAAUAACGUGUUUAAAGUCUUUAGUGGCAGACAGAGGGUGUUCUUUCUUUCACCCUGAGUCCACCUCUGGCAUACAGUAGCAUUAAACUGAAGGUAUGUAUACCUGCACCUGCAGAGUGAUACAGCUCUCACAGAUCAGCUUGUACUAACCAGUGUUGAGUGCAACGAGAAACCAGAGCCUUGGAGAGGUAGAUACAGGAUCCAUGUACUUGUUUUUGGAGUUAGGCUGAAGAAGCUACGUUUACACUGAAAAGUGGUGGAGAUGAGCAACAGAACUUCAGCUACUUGAAAGUACUGAGCCCUUCAGCAGCAGCAACUCUAUCUGAGCAGAUACUGAUACUGAUGAAGGAAAAAUUGUCAAUAGAAGUGUUGUUUUAAAAAAACAAAUAGGUGUAAUAUCUGCAGACAUGUGGUUGAUUUGUCUUUUGAUUGCACAGUCUGACAGGAGAACUCAAACAAUUUCUUGUGCGUGUUCUGGGUCAGGUAAUUUAUAAACAGCUGUCGGAUAUAUAACUGUCUUCAAACAUGUGAGGCUUCUGACACUUUGCUUUUGUUUCCACUAUAUGCCUCCUAUGCUUUCCUUGACACUUCAUCACCUUAUCAUCGCCUUCUUCUGCUGUUUAUUAUUCAAGCAAAUUGAACCAUCUGUUUCUCUUUCUCAGUUUCAUAUCACAAACCAGACUCUGGGAAAUCACUUUGUCCUCUUUUUUAUCUCACUGCUGCCCUCAUCUACCCCCACUGCUGGGGAAACACUAGGAUAUAUCCUGGACCAAGUGGACUCCCAGAUUCUUAAGAUUGGUGCUGGAUGCUAGACUUCUAGUCAUCUACUGCAGUUAUAUCAUUGGAAAAGGUCUCUCUCUGGUGUUUUGGGCCAAAAACAAAAACUUUAGUUUUGUCAGAAUUGAGUCGCAUAAAGUUUCUGGUCAUCCAGGCUUUAAGUGGAGUUAUUCUGUUGGUUUCUCCUGGCUUCACUGAUGGGUAUAACUGGGUGUCAUCUGCACAGCAGUGAAAAUUUAUGGAAUGUUUCUUGAUGAUGUUAGGAAGAAAAGGAUUGGUCCUAGUACUGAACAAGAUUUUAGCCUUUCUUCUACUGGCUCACCUCAAGGAUGUGUUCUCUUACCACUUGUGUUUGUUUUAUACACUAAUGAAUGUCAGAGUCAGUAUGAGAAGCAACACAAUUAAAUUUGCUGACAACUCUGCGAUCGUGUCACUUCUUUUCAACGAUGAUUUUAUUGAACGGUUUGACAAAUCCUUUUUAAAACAUUCACUCAAGACAUAUUAAAACUGGGAUCUAAACCAGUUGGUGAUGAUAGGUUACUAAUUUAGCCUCUAAUGUUCCAGAUGUUCUCAUUGAAGGAGUUCCUAAAAUCAUCACAGCUGAGCACAGGAGGGAUACACAGCUGAAUAGAGCUCUGACUGUCUGUUAGCUCAGCUACAGUGCUGAAAAAGUACUUGGAUUAUUUUUAUUUUCUUCUUGAAGCAGGAGUAGUAGGCAGUCCAAGCACGUCGUAGAGCUUUCCUAUAACCACUGAGACUAUCUUUCAGAGUAAGUUAGCUGUUGAUGUAGUGGAGCUCCGUAUCCUUUCAGGUUUUCUGGGUGUUUGUUUCAGCUCAAGAGUUUCAGCAUUUUACCACAGAACUAAUCUCUUACCUCUGAUGGUCUUGAGUUUGAAAGCAGGCGAUGGAGAUGAAGAACUGAGAAGCUACAUAUAUGCUAACAGCUAAAGAGGGAAACAUCAUAGGUGAGAUCAAGCGGGGUGAAUCAGAGGGUGUUUGGUGACGACUACAGACUACUAAGACUACUAUGGAUACUGCAGUGAGAGGAGUUCAGAGGAACAAAGAACAAAUUUAAAUAAAUGAAAUAAACUGAGCAGAUAUCAACUGCUUGGGGUAGCAGAACACAGAUCACCAGAGUAGAAGUGAUGCAAUACGCUUACCUGGUACAUCAUAUGUCAGGUCUUUGUAAUUUUUGUUUCUUCCCAAAUUUAGUCACAGGGUUUUAUGAUUAUCUCCUAACUUGUCUUCUUUACUUUCCAGGAAACGAACAUCUCCAGCAAAGAAAGAGCUCAUGACAGGGGUAAAGGACUCUCUUCUGGUCCACUUCUCAGACCCUGUUGAGGAUAGGAGAAUCAACUAUGAGACUCAAGGUAUGAGAGCAUAAACACACACCAUCUGUAAGUGACUAUAAUGUUUGUGCUGUCUUAAACAUCUUGAGUUACAGCUGGUAACCAACCACAGUUACAGUCUACCCUGGAAUGAGAGUAGACUGUGUCUGUGUCUGAGAUAACAGAAACAGAGCUCAAAGUCAGAGCUCUUCCACCCCUUAAGCCAUAUUUUACCAGAGGCUGAAGAUCCAACACAUCACUCAGCCUUGUCAACAUGAACUAAGGUCCCUGUGGUGCCAUUGUAGUCUGUAGCCUAUAAGCACAUAUGCAUGCUUGUGUUUGCUUUUCAGCCUCUCUCUGGUUGUGCUCAUUCUGUUCCUCUGUUGGAGUAUCUCAGUCAAAUUUAAACAAUUUAACGAAGCCUCUCAUAGACAAACAGCUAUUCCUCACCCCUUAUUGUAAUAAACCACAUGAUGAGGUCAGUCAUUCCCUGUUCAGUGCAACAUUGAUACUCAGAUAAUUAGACAACAGGAUGGUACAAAUAAAAUGUGUUAUAUGUGAUAAAUACGAUCCAACUAACAAGAGACGUCUGUAGUUAAACCCAUCAUGUGGUAGUUAUUGCUGUAAAGUUCAAAGAAGACCAAUUUUCUAAUUCUAUGGUGUGUGUGUGUGUGUGUGUGUGUGUGUGUGUGUGUGUGUGUGUGUGUGUGUGUGUGUGUGUGUGUGUGUGUGUGCCUUUGCGUGUGCGUGCAUGCGUGCGUGCGCAGUGUGAUGUCAGACAGAGUGUUUGGUUUGUGUGAUAAUCUCAGUAGUUGUAGUGAUACAGCUGAAUCAGAUAUUUGUGUGUUUCACUUUUGUUAUAUGUUGUGGAAUUUUUCCUUUAAUUGGUUAUGCUUUUGUUAUAUGUUGUGGAAUUUUUCCUUUAAUUGGUUAUGCAUGAAUAAGUCUUUAUACUAAUUGAUAUCACAUGUAUGAUUAUUUUGGUUUUAAGCAAUAGAUUAUUCUGUGUGAUCAAAGGAAAUUGUAUAUAUAGUAAAUUUUUGAAAAUAUUUUAUUCUAAGCAGAGACUAUAAUGGAGCUCCUGACAACUGGCCUACUUAGACGGCACAGACCGAUCAUGUUCAAAUCAUAAAUGAAUGUAUUGAUCCCACUGAGUGAUGCCUCUGUGGUGUUCUUUAAACAGUUUUAUUAGUGGGUAUUUCUUGUUUGACCACAGAGUUCAUAAUGAAAUGUUCUUGUCAAACUUUCCCUUCAGGCAUGAGGGGACACCCGCCUGUGCGUGUCUGUGACCUCUCAGACCACAUAGAGAGGCUGAGGGCCAAUGAUGGUCUAUACUUCUAUCAGGAGUAUGAGGUAACUCAUGGAGCAUCACACACACACUUGCUUGGCAUUACCUGCAUCCUUAUUGAUCUUGUUUCUUCCUGUACAUCCUUAUUUUCUUCUCUUCUUGUGUCAGUCCAUCGAUCUAGGUCAGCAGUUCACCUGGGAGCACUCAAACCUGGAGGUCAAUAAGUCAAAGAACCGCUAUGCAAAUGUUACUGCCUACGACCAUUCCAGGGUCAUCCUGACUACAGUGGAUGGUGAGAGACAUCCAGUUUAUUGACAUUAUCAGAAGGACAGACUUGUCAUAUUUCAUACAUAUAUUUCGUUUAACUCUUGUAAGCUGUGCUGUUUUUAAAACUCUCUUUUAUUUGUAUGUCUUUGUGAAUGUGUUCACCUUUCUCCUCAUAAAAGAAGUCAUAGGGAGUGACUACAUCAACGCCAACUAUAUUGAUGGUUACAGAAAGCAGAACGCUUACAUAGCCACUCAAGGGCCCCUCCAGGAAACACUGAGCGACUUCUGGAGGAUGGUUUGGGAGCAGAGGACAUGCACUAUCAUAAUGAUGACCAGGCUCGAGGAAAAGUCCCGGGUAAGUUCUCAGAUGUUGAUCUGAGUUGAAAUUAAACGCCUUAGGCUACUAUGGCUAUAGAUACAUUUGCUGCUUCAUCUGUGCAGGUGUGAUAUAAAAAUAUAGUUUUUCAAACUGAUGUUACACAGGACAAAGUUUACCUUUUCUAUUCAUAAUAAAUCAUUGAACAGUACCAUCCAGCUCACCAACACAGGCGCUGAUGGUCGUGCAGUUUUCGUCAAUUUAUCGCCAUUUGCAGAGAGUAGAUGGUGACUGCAGAGCAGUGUUUAUGAGGAGUCAUCAAUCAUCAUCCCAACAUUUCCAGCUCUUUGUUUCCUAAAAAUAACCCUGUCCGUGAGCACAGAGGGCUCUAUUUUCGAGUAUGCCCGUGAGGCGACGGAGGGCGGCGAGCCCCGCGCAGUUGUAUUUUCGUCUGGCGCAGCCCGGCAUACAGCCAGUUUGGUAUUUUCGUGGACUGAGCUGCCAAGCUGGGCUUGGUAGCGUGGCAGGGGGAGGUGUCGACAGAAUCAGCGGGCGCAGUGACAUUUUCGUGCUCGCCACCGGCGUGUAAAGUGCGCUGAAAGCUCGCCAAUUUAAACCUGGUCAGCUUUCAGCACUGCAGCAGGAGCUGGUCUAGUAGUAUUUUGGUAGACCGGCAGCGUAUCGGCAUAUGUCACCGAUGCCUCACCGGCAGGUUUCCACAGUGUCAGGCAAAUUUCAGUGCAAUAAAUAAUCAUCAACAACUAAUAUUCUGAGUCAGCACAUACAUUUCGAUCUAUAUCGAUAUAUUCUGAUCUAUAUCUGAUCUGAUGAGCGUGUUUGGCACGCGUUUGGACACACAACCUGACCGAAUCAACACAGCUGAAACCGCAUUAAAUUAAAUUAAAUAUCUAGUAAAUAGACACACAUGAUGAAGUUAACAAGAUAUGUAAUUCGUCUCCCUCCUUUUCUUUCUUCCUCUUCCUCUUAUUUCUCGCGCAGCUCGACCUGGACACGUCUCUAUGUCCUCUUCCUGUGCUGCUGCAGCUGCAGCGGCUGAACAGAUGAUUUGUUUCAGUGAUCAGAUGAGUUAUCUACUUUAAGCCAACAUACGAAUAUUAUAAUAUUCAGUUUUGUGAGCCAAAUUUAUUUUAUAUGCCAACAUCUAUGAAAGAAAGAGCCGGGCCACCGAGCGCGAUGUGUCAUUUAUGCACAGAUGGUUCCGAUUUUAAUGCCAUUUUUGGAGUUAAUGUUGUGAUCUGUGCGCUCAACCCACCUUUGUCACGUUAGGUUUGAAUAUGAGCAUCUUUUUGUGAGUGUCUUUAUUUGUGGAAAAGGGUGUUUUUCUUAACAGUGGGUCCAACAUUACACACACCAAAUCCAUCUGUGCUUAUAUGAGAGAGUGUGGAGGACGCCCUCUGCAGCGCUUACAGUGACACUUGUUGAGGAGCUGCCCUCUGUCGCCAUCUUGUGGCAUUACUGUCUUCAGACAUCUCCUGAUCUCUCUGACUACUUCACGAAAAUACUAAUACGCCUCGCCGGUGGCAGAUUUAAAGGCAAGGAGAGGAGCUUAUGUGAUUGGUGAAAACUGGUCUUGGCUGUGUUAAAACCACUCCAUGCCCUCUCUCCUCCCUCGCAACGAUUUACGCCACUGGGAGGAGCUGAGUUAGGGAGGGGGGAUACUUACGCUGGGCUGCGCUGCUCACCAAAAUACCAAAUUGUGCUUUGGAACGCCUUAUCGGCGCGGUGGAUCUGACUUACGCCGCGCUUGCGGCACGUCUCCGGCGAGGCACGAAAAUAGAGCCCAGAUUGUUAAUACCUUUUUGACUUUAUAGUCUAUCUUUCUUACUAAGAGGCUCAGUGGGUAGGGUCAGUUGUCUCCCAAUGAAAAGGUCUGGGGUUUGAUUUAUGAGCUGUUGACUUACCUUGGGCAAAACACUUGACACCAACCUGCCCCUGCUGGCUCUGCCCAGUGGUGUGUAGAUGGGAAAAUCCAUAAACUGAUGGACCCUAUAGCAGCCUAUGCCACCUGUGUGUGAAUGAGUUGUGAAUGGGUGAAUGUGACAUGUAAUGUAAAAGAGCGGUCAGAAGGAAACUAGAGACAGAUAGAAACACAGUCCUUUUACCAUCUACUGAACACUCGGCUGUGUGAUUGAUUAAAACCCCAGGACAACAGUUAUUAACAACCAAAAGUGCAAGUCAUAUUUCUAUUAGCUACAGUGUAGCAAAGAAAGUCACAUCAAUAGGCUAAAAAAUAUGGUUUUCCUAACACUGGGUACAGUCAGUGACAGCUGAGCAGGUGAGUGGAUCCAUCUGUUGCUGAUCUCUGUAGUACAGUGAGGAAAUCAGUCAUACUUUAAGUUAUGUUUUUGGCCUCAUUUAUCUUAAAUGGGUCAACUGCAGAUCCUUGAGAGGAAGUAGAGCCAAACCAGGGCCAAGAGAAAUGUUCUGACAGAAGUUGUGUUCACAUGUCUAACUUUGCCUUUAAUGAAAAUGUCUGGUGUCAUGUGAAAUGUAAAAGAAGUAGGAGUAUGGCUAACCAUGACUUAACUGAGGGUCAAAACUUUCAGUUUAAUGUUAUGUCACUGCUCGAGCAAAUAAAAUCCAUUUUCAUGGAAGCAUUACAGGCUGCGAAAUCAGAGGGACUGUUGAUAUAGCUGAAAAAAUAAACAGCCAUCUUUAUAUCAAUCAGUGGUCUGGUUUUCAAGGUUUUCCCACCUCCCAAUCUCCAAAUCUAAUGCAACAGCUAUGUAAAAUUAAUGUCUAACGUUUGUCUAUUUGCAGGUUAAAUGUGACCAGUACUGGCCCAGUCGAGGCACAGAGACAUACGGAAUGAUUCAGGUGACCAUGUUGGACACCGCAGAGCUUGCCACAUACAGCUUACGUACAUUUGCCCUCUACAAGGUGAGCCAUUGGCUGGUGAUAAGACAUAGUGCGCAGAAGAAAGGGAACAGUCCCUAAUGUAAAAGCACCGUCGCUUUUUUUUAUUUUUUUAAUUAAAUUUCUAUUAUCUGUACAAAUUUUUUUCAGUUUUUUCACUUUUGUUAUUCUCCACCCAUACACAAAGAAUAGGUGAAAAAAACAGACAAAAUCCAAUCACUGCUAUAAGAAAACCAAGUCAAACUUUAUUCAUAAUGCACAUUUAAUGACAAUUAAGUGCUUCACAAAGUAAAAGAAGAAAACAUUACAUGGAUAAAAGUGUCCUUAUCUCAGAGUGGAGGCCAAAGAGAAAAGACAGAAACCAUUUAAAGCCUUUAAUAGAACAGAUGUGUGAAAGAUAUCUUAAGUCAUGAACCACUGCAUCCAAUUUAACAGGCAGUACAGAAUGAGACAAAAAAAGUCAAGAUUAUGGUAAGAAGAGGAGAAAGGGAAACAGAAACAGAGGAAAACACAGUUUAGGUUCUGAUGUGCCAGUUCAGGUCUACAGAACAGUUUUUCUACUUUACUCAUAAUAUUUAUUCUUAGUUCUCCACAGACUACAACAUUUAACCAGGGAGCUCUGUUUAAAAGUUUAAUUCACUCAUAAGCUAUCUUUUCAUUUGUAUUGAUUUGAUAUGUUUUCCAUGGUGUGUAUGCCCUUCAUUGACUGUAGCCUCUUGUUUACCUUUGGAAGGAUCUAUUUUUUUCCACCCUCUUGUUAUUUUCUCCAAUUCUGUUAAUUUUGGGAUCCAAAAGAGACAGAAUUCAUGUUUUAUACCGUCAAGAUGAAAUCCCAAGAUUUUUUUUGUUAUGGAUAUGAGAGAGGACUUUUUAUCAACCCUGAAUACUUCUUUAACACAGCCAAGGUUGACACUAUUGUGUAAAAUGGUAACCUGUUUUGUCUGUCUCUGUAUUUUUUUCUGUCAAACUUGUUUUUGCUUGUUUCUUUUCUACAUGUAGUGCCCUUAUGGCAAUGUGAUGCAAAAAAUGAGGGUUUUUUGAUUGCAAUAAAAUCACAUUAAUCCAUGCUUUAGUGAAUGUGUGUAUCUGUGCUUCAACAGAAUGGGUCCAGUGAAAAAAGAGAGGUUCGACAGUUCCAGUUUAUGGCUUGGCCUGACCAUGGAGUGCCUGAGUAUCCUGCCCCAACAAUUGCCUUUCUACGAAGAGUCAAAGCUACUAAUCCUCCAGACGCUGGACCCAUGGUAAUCCACUGCAGGUAAACUUCCAGUUCUUGGGAAUCACUCAAUCAGAAACAACAGAGGACAUUUUACCGAGCAGUCUAUUUAAGCAGAAAGGUUAAAAUCCUCCAUGUUAACAGCAAUGUGCCUGUCUGCAGGUGCACUUGUGAAUGACAGCAAACACAUAUACUUAUGUUACACCCAAAACCCAUCCAAUCAAUGACCAAAGGACUUAUUUUGGCCUUUUUGUGCCCCAUCAAUCAUUUGGUUUGACCCCUGACACUUUGGUCUGUGUGCUGUAGACACUUCAGUUAAGAUCAUUUAAAUAGAGCCACAAGCUUAAACUAAACUUCAAGAAUGGAAGUUUUGAUUAUGUAAAUUAAGUAGGACUGUCAAAAUUACGCUUUAACGCAGAUUAAUCCAUCAUCAUGAUUAAUCUGAUCAUUUAGGCAAGUUACAGUUAAAUCUAUGACAGCAGCUUUUUGCAAUCUUUUUGGGUUGAGUUCAUUUCAUUACUCUAGGAUAAAGGUGAUUUUGUUUGGCCAAGUGACCCUCUGCAGACCUGAUAACCUUUGAGAGGGCCCCUAAGGGUUGGAGUGCUGUUCUGUGAAGAUCUAGAAAAUCCUUUAAGCUUCAGGUUCUAGUACAGGUUCCUUUAUUUAUACCUGUUGAUAGGUUUGUUUGCAGCAAGCCAAUGACAUCUGUCUUGACUUCUUAUCACACAUACUACACAAAUCAAUCUGAAGUAAAAAAAACAAACUAAAACAUGACAAAAAGUAUUCUUGCGUCAGCACUCAGAAAUGAGUUUCAUCGAUAAAUAACACUCAGUUAAAGAGAUAGCCUAAUCAGAAGAUUAUAGUGUGAUUAAUAUAACUAACAGUCCUAAUGUGGGUGAAUGCAAAACUGUACAGGGUAAGAGGACCCUUUAUAGUGGAGGCCUUGGACACCCUAAUACAUUUGGUCCUGCCUAUUGCUGCAAGGUGGUGGAGAGCAAUAAAUAAGGAUCUUUCACUGACCAAGAGACCGGAUGUUGCAUUUCUAGCUGGCCUGUAUUGGGAACUUAGUAUGAGUUAUAGUCAAAGGCAUUUUUAAUGAGACUGUUGCUGCGGUGAAACUUUUGAGCAUCAUACUCAGCAAGUAAGUUAUAAAACAACUCUUACUGAGAGAGUUCUGUUUGGCUCACUAUACAUGACCCCUGACAUAACCCAUGUUGAUGUAACACAGAUAAACCAACAACAGAGUCUACAAUGUUUUUUCUUUGUUUCCAUCAGUGCUGGUGUGGGCCGAACUGGUUGCUUCAUUGUGAUCGAUGCCAUGCUGGAAAGAAUGAAACAUGAGAAAACAGUGGACAUCUAUGGUUACGUAACAUGUAUAAGAGCUCAGAGGAACUAUAUGGUGCAGACAGAGGAUCAAUACAUAUUCAUCCAUGAAGCCCUGCGAGAAGCUGCCACAUAUGACAACACAGACAUCUCUGCCCGAAACCUGUAUGCCCAUAUACAGAAGCUCAGCCAGACUCCUGCUGGAGAGACUGUCAGCGCCAUGGAACUAGAGUUUAAGGUAGAGGUCUUUUUUUGUGAUGGUUACUCCUGCCAAGAAGUUUUCUAUGCUGUAAGUUUGCUUGUUUGUCCAAUUGUGUGGAAACACCAGGGUUACAAAAAAACUGACAUGGUUUUAUGAAACUUUUUUAAAGCAUGAGGCAAAAUCUGAAUUAGGCUCAUGUUAGACUGGGCCCAGAGAAGACCCACCAAUAGCAAAUCUGUCUAGGGAUCAAGCAAUAUCAGUAGAUUCAACAAACAGUUACAGAUUUUAUCCACUGAAACAAUAUUGGAAUAAAAUGGAUUUUGGAAUGAGUUUUAGUGCUUGAGAUUUUUUGUUAUUCUAAGGCACACUGUUAGUGAUGUUUCCUUCAGUCAUCAAGUGUUCAGAUUGAACAUCAAAACCUCUCUCAGGUAAUUCUGUCCAGGUUCAUAAAGCAUCAACAUGUGCUUGAGCAGCACUCUCCUAAUUACUCAGUUCUCUUACUCAAGAACCACUUGCAGGCCUUCGCUUCAGCUUCCAUGUUGUUUAAGAUGCCCCUUCUUCUCUCACCUCUGACCUCAGGUUCUUUGUAAGGCUGUGCAGAGAGACCACCCUGGAAAGCCUCUGCACCCUACUUCCACAGGCCAGCCCCUCAUUUUCCAGCGGUUGCUAUCUGACCUUUAUACUUAUUCUUCUUGCCAACUUUUGAUGGCAUGGAUCACGCCGAUGACCACAUUUCUACUUGCCUACAAUACCAGGUUGAGGGUAGUCUUGGCACGCUGGGAGGGGCUUGAGUUGUCAAUCCAAGUCCACUGACAGCUGCCAGUCCUGAGUGGCGUUCAGGAAUCCUAAUUCUGCCUUAGAUCGUAUCCCCAGCUAAUCUUCUGCUCUGAUAAAGCUAAUGGUUUGCUUUGUAGGUUUCAAGAGGCAGCAGGUGGUAACUGCAUUACAAAGGCUCCAGCAGCAGUUUUGAUAUGAUGGUGAAAUCAUUUAAUAUUAUUUAAUUUGUUUAGAAUAAUCAAACUUUUAUUCAUUACAUUACAAGCUCUCCCCAAUGGGCAACGAUAUUGAUUAUUGAUAAUGAUGAUGAUGGUGAUAAAGAUGUUGUUGUUAAUGAUAAUGAGGAUGAUAAUGAUGAUGAUGAUGAUAAUGUGGUGAUGUUGAAGAUAAUGUUGAUGAUGGUGAUGAUGAUGGUGAAGCUGAUGAUAAUGUUGAUGAUGAUAAUGAUGAUGAUUAUGUUGAUGAUGAUGAUGGUGAUGAUGAUGAUGAUGAUGAUGAUGAUGAUGAUGAUGGUGGUGGUGAUGGUGAUGGUGAUAAUGGUGAAAGUGAUGGUGAUGAUGAUGAUGGUGAAAGUAAAGGUGAUGAUGAUAAUGGUGAUGUUGAUGAUAAUGAUGAUGAUCAUGAUGAUGAUGAUGAUCAUGAUGACAAUAAUGAUGAUGAUGAUGAUGAUGAUGAUGAUGAUGAUGAUGAUAAUGAUAAUGAUGAUAUUGAUGAUGAUGGUGAUGAUGAUGGUGAUGAUGAUGGUGAUGAUGGUGAAAGCGAUGUGAUGAUAAUAAUGGUGAUGGUGAUGAUGAUGGUGAUAAUGAUGAUGGUGAUAGCGAUGUGAUGAUAAUAAUGGUGAUGUUGUUGAUGAUGUUGAAGAUGGUGAUGAUGAUGAUAAUGGUGAAAAUGAUGGUGAAAGCGAUGUGAUGAUGAUUAUGGUGAUUUUGAUGAUGAUGUUAAAGGUGAUAUUGAUUAGUUUGAUGAUGGUGAUGAUGAUGUUCCUCCAUAGCCUACUACUCAAUUAUAUUUUAUUAGUCAUAUUUUUACUUAUUCAUCUGAUACUGCUUUUGUUGUUGAUUUUUAAUGAACCACAGCAGGCCUUACCUAAUGAAGUCCAUUAGUCUAACAAUAUGACACACACACUUACCAUUGCUCAAUGUUGGGCAGCCUGGACAUUAGAGGUGGCAUUAAAUUUAACCCCAGAAAUCUAUUUUAUAACACUUUUGCAUUUCUCUGGUGAUCUCUUGUGACUGUGUCUUCUUGUGACCACUUAUCAAACCCAAUGAAGGUCUUUUUGUGGACUCUGGCCCCAGUGAGCAUAUGAGUGAUCUCUGAUAUUUGGGGCAUUUUCAAAAUAAGUUUUAACAUGAAAAUCUGAAAUAAAGUCAUUAAUCGAAAGUGCAUCAUUGAAAUAGUUUGAGAGCUUUUAUUUGAAGUUAUGAAGCCUCAGUCAUUUCUGAGCUGAGAACUGGUUGUCUCAGGGUUGUCCUCUUCUCUCUCUCUGCAGAAACUGGUGAACUCCAACACACACACCUCAAGAUUUAUCAGUGCCAAUCUACCAUGUAACAAAUUCAAAAACCGCCUGGUCAACAUCUUGCCUUUUGAGUCCAAUCGUGUCUGCCUGCAGCCAAUCAGAGGGGUGGAAGGGUCUGACUACAUUAACGCCAGCCUUAUAGAUGGAUAUAGGCAAGUACAGACAAACUAUAUUAGUUGAGUUUGCAGCUGUAUUGCUGGAUGAAACUGUAAAACAGGGUGGUGGAGAGCAGUUUUGUUAGGCACAGCAAGAUGUCCCAUUAGUUACUGUAUCCAGGACAAGACAAAUACAAUCAAAACCAGGGCAAAAGGACCACAGAGAUUUUUGCUGACUUUUUUAUGAUGAAACACCUACUGAAUGUCAUAAUUUAGCACAGCUACAGGCAAUUUUAAUAGCAGUCAAACUAAAUUCUAUUGUGGGACAACAGCUUACAAACGUCAUUCUUUUCUCAUUUUCAGGCAACAAAAAGCUUACAUUGCUACUCAGGGCCCCUUACUUGAGACCACGGAGGACUUCUGGAGAAUGCUGUGGGAACAAAACUCCACCAUUGUGGUCAUGCUCACCAAGCUGCGUGAAAUGGGACGGGUAACACAUUUAAACUAUGUAUUAUUAUCAUCAGAAUAACAUCCAAAUAUAUUUUUGGAUAUGGUCCUGGGAUGGGUGUGACCUGUACCUUUCACAGUCUAUCAUGCUGCUCUUGGAUCGUCUCUGGUCAAGGUUUUGGUACACACCAACUGUGACCUCCCUACAGACAGGCCCUGCUAUCAGGGAAGCACAUUAAUGGAUUUUUGCCUUUAUCUUACAUGUUAAUACUGGUAUGAAUACAAAUAUACACACAUUUUUUUCUCUUUACUAAGCCGCUCCAGCAACAGUUUUGUUGUUACUUUUAUUGUGACAGUCUAUUUAAAGUACGUAGACACAAAACAAACAAUAUUUGAUUUUUUUCAAACAUGAUGAUUGCAUUCGACUGCACCACUUUGAAUGACCUUCAUAUGGCCAAAAAGUGUAGGCUGUUGUUGAGCGCACUUAGCUAAUGUGUUACCUUUUCAACCCUUAUUACAGACAUUACAGACAAUGAACUUUUUAAGUUGUGAAAAGUGACCUGUACUGAUAUCAUGCUGAAAUUUUUGAGCAUUCUUAUUUAUGUUCUUUGCUGAAUCCUAAAUCAGUCAGUGACUGUAACCCUGACUGAUCUCUCUUUGGCAAAAGUCCUGUUAAUGCCUUUGUUCCUCAUCGUGGACCGUAUGAAAGCAACUGGUUACCAGAAAUCACAGCAAAAGGUUAAUGUGAAAAUUGAAAUAGAUAAUUAGAAAUUCUUUUUAAUUUUUAGAAUAUUUGUAAAUUAUUUGACUCAUAAAUUCAGUUCAUAUCUAACUGUGUAAUUUGCAUCUUCAAGAAUUUACAUUCUUUAACAUGAUUAAAAUAAAAAAGAGAAAACAAAACAGACACCUAUAAAUAAAAGUUUAAAAGCAUUUAAAAGCAAUGGUUAAAUAAUAUAAAAUACUUUUGCUGUCUUAGGGCUCUUUUAACCUGUGCCAAAAUUAAAAAUCAAGGUGUCAAACAGAUGUUGAGCAGCCAACAUGUGAAAAAGGGGGUCAUUGGUAAAUCUGUCUCUGACUUCACUCACUGUUGAUAAUUGAAAAUAAGAUUUCUGCUUAUUAGAAUAAAAGUGGUUUGAUGAUGGUGUCAGUGGCACUUUGACAUGAAAACAUUAAAUUAAUGUGGGUGCAAUGGCUUCGUGGACUUAUUGUAAUAUGUUUACAUUCUUUAGGAGAAGUGUCAUCAGUAUUGGCCUGCUGACCGCUCAGCACGCUACCAGUACUUUGUUGUGGACCCCAUGGCUGAGUACAACAUGCCUCAGUACAUCCUGAGAGAGUUCAAAGUGACCGAUGCAAGAGUAAGUUCUGCUGCUGUUUGUUUUUGGAGUUGUAUUAACAAGACAGCUUUAUCGAACCUGGCUCAAUUACAACAACCAUCCCAGUCAGUGAUAUGUAUUUCAGGUGUUUCUCUGUACCAGUGUAACCUUUGGUAUCAGUAAAUUGCCUGCCUAUAGAGGUUCCCCCUAAUAAUCAGAUACUGUUGUUACAAAGCAAUGAUAAGAUCUAUGCAACACGCACACACACACACACACACACACACACACACACACACACACACACACACACACACACACACACACACACACACACACACACACACACACACACACACACACACACACACACACACAAAGAAAACAUUUCCCUCCUACUUGAGCCAGGGUGACUGAGAGUAUGUUUCAAUUUUAUUCCAGGAUGGUCAGUCAAGGACCAUAAGACAGUUUCAGUUCACUGACUGGCCAGAACAAGGACUGCCAGUAACUGGAGAGGGAUUCAUCGACUUCAUUGGACAAGUUCAUAAAACCAAGGAGCAGUUUGGGCAAGACGGACCCAUUACUGUGCACUGCAGGUACGUGUAUAGAUUUGUGUGUGGAGGAUGGAUGGAUGAAUGAUGAAUGGAUGAAUGGAUGGAACUGACUUUCUGGAAAUUGUUAAUUUAUAACAGAAUAGUUCAGUUUCAUAGAUGAGCUGUUUUUGAAAGAAUUAUUGGAUCAUUGAUAAACUUGGUCUACAUAAACAUAUGUGAAAAAACACCCCACAAAAGAAAAACAUCCUUGACAGGGAACAAUCAGGGAAGGGUUGACUAACCCACUAGACUGCUGAUAAAUGAAUUUAAUUUUUAUUAGGUCAGUAUAUGAAUUGGAGCUACAGCUUACUCACUAUAAUGAAUGUUGUCUUAUUAACUCUCUUACAGAUACAAUUCAGUGUGACAACACAACAAUUGAGUGAUUAUUGCAUGUAUGGAAACACUUCCCUGGGUGUUUUAUAAGAAGUACAAAAUGGUUUUAGAAUAUUAAAUUAUAAUAUGGAAUCAUAAUAAUUAAUAUACUAUGAUAAUCAUAUGAGAAUCUUUAUUGCCUUUUCUAUUGUUUAUAUAUUGCUAAUACUUAACCAAUGUUUUGGUCCUCAUGCAAAAUACUGUAAUGAAAUGUUGAUGAUUGAUAGCAUCCUCACACACUCUGUGGUAGAUCAGCAGUGAUUAAUAGGUCACUGGCCAUAUGAGCUGUAUGUCGUUCUCCAUUCAUCAAUCAGUUCAUCUUUAUUUAUAAAGCUGUAAUUCACAACAAGUGUUAUCCCAAAUUAAAGUCUUGUUCCUUCAUCAUAUUCAGGUGUGUUCUUUAAGUGUAUAUUUGUUUGUUUGUGAUGACCUUCAUAAUGAAGAAUUUAGUAAUGAAUGACUUUGAUAUGUAUCCAACAGUGCUGGUGUUGGGCGAACUGGUGUGUUCAUCACCUUGAGUAUUGUCCUGGAGAGGAUGAGAUACGAGGGCAUGGUUGAUGUCUUCCAGGCAGUCAAGACUCUACGAACCCAGAGGCCAGCCAUGGUGCAGACCGAGGUACACUUUUUAGCUCCAGCUCAUCACACAUGUAACAUUAUCUGUAGCUUCAGCCCUGCCCUUUUACAGAAGCAUCCUUUCUUCAUCAACUCACUAAUUCUACAUUUUUCUCCACCAGGACCAGUACCAACUAUGCUACAGGGCAGCUCUGGAGUACCUGGGAAGCUUUGAUCACUAUGCAUAAUAAUUCAACCAAGAGAGACACCAUGAGAAGAGCUCUGUGUGGCCCUGUGCCUUACCCAUGUAGCUCAGGUCCUUCAGUCCCUGUGGCCUGUUAAGGAUAAGGAACACUGGCAAGAGCAGAGAGGACAACAUGCUGGACAUUCUUAUUGGUUUUAUUUAUAUGAAUUACUUAUAAUGCCAUGAUCAGUCAUUUUUAUACAUCUCACUGGGUUUUUUUAUAGGCUUAUCUUUUUACACCUUUUUGAAUGACACACGUAUGUCCACCACUCUCUACACACUGAAAGCUUAUCAACUCAGCAGCUAUAAAUUAGGAUAUUUUGCAACUGUUUAGUUAAAAAUCUAUCAGAUUAAAUAAUCAGUGAAGGUUUGUUAUCAACUGCUCCUUCCGGCAUCUGGACUUCUUGGAAAUAAAGAUAUAACUUUUGUAUGGUUCUCAUUUUUAAUGUAUUUCCCUCUAUCAACAACUCAGGUACACUAAUUGCAGACAGCACGUGUUUCAUAUUUAUUUUACAAAUUUUGACAACUUUGCUGAAAAAUGCUUAAUGCAUGAGAAAGAUCUUUUCAUCAGGAAAGAACUUCAACAUUUUAAUUUCUUAUAAGGUGCUGUCUCCUUUGUCACCAAGACAUUCACAGUUUCAUCUUCUUUGUUCCAAACUUAUCAGGAACAUAUCAGGAACAUGUUGGGACAAAAAUAAUGGGGUGGUUAGUCCCUGAAUACCUAAGAGAGACAAGCUCAGAUUUCUGUGUUAGUUUUGAUAAAUUUUUAUAUUUUCCAUCCAGUUAACUGUCAUUGUAGGACACCUGAGUGUGUGUGUGAGUUCAGUUUGAUUGUUGUUCAUUUGUAUGUACAGUCAGCCCAGUCUUUUGUCUUUUGGAAAAGUAAUAAACUCAAAGAUGUUAUUUUUAAAACACA